AAUCAUCUAGCCGUCAAUCUCCAUUUUCAAAACGGCUAAGCUUUAUUGCGCUCGACAGAGUUGUUCGACAGAGGAGUUUAAAUAAAGAAACGGAUCGUUUGAAUAAUACAAGGUAAACAGUCGUUGGCCGGAAGCUGCAUGCUGCACAGCUGUUGUUGUCCUUAAAGCCUGACUUGUAUUUCUACGGUUUUAUAUCGAGUUAAAAUGACCAAACAUUAGUUAUCCUUGUCUAGGUCUAGGUUAGCAUCAGUGGCUAAUGCUAAUACAGUUCUUGUGCUUGAGUGUGUGCAAACCGGGUUUAUUUCAUCUGUGAAUAUCAGUGAGUUUGACUGAAACCAGAGCAGAGGGUUGAUGCUUCACUUUUAAAAACACGGGCUCUCAUGUUUUCAGACAUGCCAGCCUGUCAGAGCCAAAGUCCAGUCCAGAAAUGUGAUCAGACCCCUCACUUUAAGAUAAAGUUUGGUCUCUUCUGGUUUCCUCAAAUAGUUCCUUCACCCUUUAUUCAUAUUAUUUAUACAGGGCCCUGCUGUGAUACAUGAUAACCUGCACAAAGUGACUGAAAGCUGUUUGCCCACUGCCUGAUGAUAGUUCAUGUCAAAAGUAAGAGAAAGCUUUACUGUCAGAGAUAAAGUCAAACGGUUGCUGGUUUGUAAAGAAACUGAGAAAACUGAAGUUAUUUUCAGUUGUCAAAAAGUUCUCUGAAGAACUUAAAAUAAUAAACCAAACUGAGUUGAAGUGGAAAUACAGAGUUUUUCUACAGCUAUACAGAGAGCAAGUCGACCAGUGGGGUGAGGGGCAAACUAAUCAAUCACUGAGAAGUGUUAUCAAACUGAUACCAAGUAGGGGAGGGUGGGGUAAGUUGAGCCACCCCCUGUUGCUUGGAAAUGGUAAAAGGUAAAAUAUUUAGGAGAUGGGCAUCAAUUCAUGGAGUCUGUGAAGGUAAGAAGCACAUGAGUGAAGGGGUUAGACAUUUAUUUACAAACAAGUAGUAGUAGGGAUAUGGCUCAACUUACCCCCGCUCCUAUGGUCAACUCAGCCCAUACACGGGGUAAUUUGAUCAUAGGAGACCACUUUUUUUGGCAUGCUAUAUUAUCAAGACAGUUAUGUUUACACUCAUUCUUUUGGUUUGCAGGGGUGCACAACAUCUUGAAAUAUAUGCAGAUACACUAGUUAGAGACAAAAAUAUGAUUGCCUUGAUGUAGUGAUCUGAAAUAUGAAAAAUGGCUCAUCUUACCCCACUCUCCCCUACUGAUUUUAAGACGGCUUUAUUGUCUUAAAAAUUAUGUAUCUACACAGCUUUAAAAACACUCCUCCAGAUUGGUUGGUUGUUGAUGUUGUCAUGACAACACUGUCUUAACUGUUAACAGCCCACUUGCAGGUAAGGUUAAUAUUGAACUGAACAUUGAAGUUAAAAUUUUUGUACAUGUUGAAGUUUUACUAUUGGCAGUUGAAUUUUGUUGAUGUGUCUUUCCACCUGUUUUUUGUGUAUUUUCAAACCCAUUACAGGUUUUUAAGCUGUUUUAUCUUGUGAAAACCCCCUAUGCUGUCUGUCCAUGUAGAUUCUCAUUCAUCCAGGUCAUGGUUUUCAUGAAAUCUUCAAAAUCCGGCAACUGGACCGUACAAUUGCCGGAUUUUGAAGAUCCCAAGGCUGUCAAACUCCACACCUGCACUCUGGGAAUAUCUAUCGUUCUGUCAGAUAACUUUGUUGGAACCCUCUGGAACUUUGUGUAAUGCUUAGCAUGCUUAAGCAACACAGUCACAUAUUUAAUCUACUAAAGUUAACUUUUAAGUCAAUAUAGUUUGUUUGUUUCUGGUUUUCUUACUCUAAAAAAAUGUCCUGGUGUGUAAAGAAGUCAUACUUUCUGUAUUACGUCAGAUUUUUUUUUUGUUAUCUGGAUUACGUUUGACAUGAUGUGUUUUGCUCCACACUAGAGGUAGCAGAACUUUCUGCCUGCCUGACCCCCUGUCAAAAUGAUGGAGUUGCCAAACUACAGUAGCCAGCUGAUGCAGCAGCUGUGGGCUCUAAGGAAGGAAGGACACUUCUGUGACUGCACCAUCCUGGUGGGAGACAGCCCUCAUCGUGCACAUAAACUGGUGCUGGCUGCCUCCAGCAUGCUCUUCAGGUACUGUGAGAGUUAGACUGUUAGUGAUAUCAUAAAGUUGAGCAUAGACUGGAGCAAUCCAUCUGGGUGCUUGGCGCCAAGCCUGCAGCACUGGCCUAUUUAUCGUGAAAGUAGUACAUCUAAAAUGACACGCUGUAACUGGAAAUUCCAGAUGAAAGACAAAAGCACAUUUAUCCAUUCAAAACCACUGUUCUUUUUUUUUAACCAAUCUUGGCUCUUCAGGAAUAUAUUAGCAGGCUGCAGCUGCUGCUGAAAACAUUGGUGGUGUGGAGGUAUUUUGUUUUUUUGAGGUCAGACAUGAAGCAGAGUAAUGUGCUCUGCAAAUUAUGUUGAGUACAUAAAGUCCCCGCAAAGUCAAGGAAUACCUCAAAUCAUCUUUUUUUUUGGUGAGUAGACAAUCAGGUUUAUUUUUUUAUUUAUUUAUUUAUUCUUUUUUAAAUUUAUUUAACAACAAAACAGAGUGACAACAACAACAGAAACAACAACAACAACAAAAAUUAGAUAAACAACAAAAAUACUUUUGUGAGGGAGGGGAGGGGGAAAUAAUAUAUAUAAUAGAGAAUAAAAAAAUUAAAUAGAAAAUAAUAAAAAUCUUAAUUGGAUUACAUUGAAAUAUAUAAUAAUAAUAUAUAUACAUAUGUAUAUAUAUAAAUAUACACAUACAUACAUACAUACAUACAGACAUACAUAUACAUAUACAUAUAUAUACACACACACACACACACACACACACACACCUCAAAUCUUUUCUGCCAGCAGUGCCACGCCGCAGAGCACGCGCGAUGCAAAAGGUUACAAACCCUGAGUGGAGCAAGAAACUCAUGGCACUGAAACAGCUGACCAUUCAGUCCACUUUCUCUUGCGCAACACCUUACGACAAAAUGUUGAAGAGACACAAAGACCUCAAAGAUGCAGUAGCUUAUUGUGCUGCGUAUGACAUGCUACCAAUAAGCACUGUUAAAUUUCAGUUUUAUACUGUGAUAUAUAUUGAUAUCGACUGAUAUGAAAAAAAAAAAUAGUGAUAAACUUUUUCCCUUAUCGCCCAGCCCUACACAUCAGUAUCACAGCUCUGUAAAACUCUUGUGGUUUAGAAAAGGAUAGAUGUUGUCUUUUGAGAUCUCUGACUUGUAAAAAGUCUCAUAGAUGUUCCUUCUUCUCUUUCAGGUCUUUACUGGACAGCUCAGACACCAUCUCCAUUGACACAGCCAUGGUUUCCUCUCAGGAGUUCAGCUGUCUGCUGGACAUGAUUUACACAGGAAAACUCCCGAUAGGCAAACAUAACGUCAGCCGCAUCGUGGCCGCUGCAGACAGCCUGCAGAUGUUUGAUGUGGCCGUUGGCUUCAAAAACGUCCUCACCAGUUUAGUGAACCAGCAGCGAUCAGUCCCUUCAGCACAGACUCCAAGUUUGACUGUGAUUAACAAACUCAAGGGUGUGAAUCCUGAAGGAUCUGAUGAAACCAACGAGAGUGACUCCACUUCAGAGAAGACUGAGCUGAAGACUGAAAGAAACUGUCAGGAUGGUGAGGGGGACACAGCAGAGCCACCUUGUAAAAAACCCUCUUUGAAGCCCACAGAGUCGACAGGUCAGUUCUCAAGAGCAUGAAUUGAAUUCUUUUGAUGUUCAUAAAGUCCAAAUGUAUUUAAUACAACCCAAACUGUCUUUAUGUCUGGGUUUUCACAGAGCCUGAAGAAACAGAAUCAUCAGAACAAAUAACAGACCAAAAUACGGCGACAGCAGUAGAUGUCUCAAAAAAAGCUGAAACAGCUUUUCUGGGUCACAUGGUGGAGCUUCUCACCAACUUGCCAUCUGUGCUGGAGCUGUUGAGCCAAGCAGCACAGAGCAACCUGGAGGAGACGGAGAGCCAGGUAAAGAAACGUCUUUGCUUCAAGUUGCAAAGAUGUAUAAACUUGGCAACUUUGUGUAUAACCGGGGGAGUUUUGUUCUGCACAACCUUGAUGACUUGAAGUUGACUGUGUUAAGACAUGGAAGCUACAGCUACAACUCCUUUUGUUGUCUAAAAGUGAAACCACACACUUGCGCAUUUGGAGUCUGAGUCUUAGUUCACUUUAAAAUAAAAGUGGCCAGUAAGAGUUUGAGAGUAUCUUCCUGCAGACAGGAUUUUUGUACGUACAGACCCCAUUGUCGCUGUAAUCACUGAAAAUAUGGGUUUGUUUCUGCUCCUGCCAGGUUGUGUGUGAGUGCUGUAAAGAGGCGGAGCCGGCCUUAGCGUUGGAAAAGCUGAUGAGCAGAGUGACAGAGGGACAGCUCAGUGAGAGGUCUCUGAUCAGACUGCUUCGCUCCGUGCAGCAGAAAGCAGCUUCUUUCCCCACGGAGCUGCUGUCUCUGCUGGAGCAGGCAGAAAGGACCACAGGUGAUGGGGAAGGAAACCAAAGUGAAGGUAAGAAAAGUGAAGAUGUUUUCUUUCUCGUGUUGUAGAUGUGGACUGCUUUUCAAUUGAGCUCCAUUUAUUCAUUAUUUAUCAAACCAUUUAAAUCUCACUAAGUAAACUGUAUUAUAUAAAACACUUUUCACAGACAGCAGUCACAAAUGCAGUGACAGAGUUUUAUUGUCUUUUUUUAGUCAUUUUUUAUAAACAAAUUAAAAGAAAGAAAAAAAAAUCCAGUGAAAAACAAUAGCAACACCAUUACCAGCCAAGUAUAGGGUUAAUUAUUUCAUUUUAGUGUCUUUUUAUGCUUUAUUUCUUUUUUGCCUCCUCAUUUGCUUUGUAUUUUUUGACUACUGUUGAAGACUCGUCUGUUAACUUUAAUUCUGUUUACUUCUGUUUUUCGGUUUGACUUUUGGCUCAGUGCUUUUUUUUUCUGCAUUUGUUGAACUGUCUAGACUUCUCUCACUCUGGCUUUUUCGGUUAAAUGUUUAUUUAGUCAUCCUUGGAAAUUCCCCUUGUGGGACUAAUAAGUAAGGAGUAUCUUAUCUUAUCUCCUUAGCUGCUGAAAUAUUUCUUUGGUUGGUCUCUACACUACAGUCCACUGCGAUCUGUUAAAAGCUGCUCUUUGGGAAAAAGAUUUCUCUUUAACCCUCACAAAAGAAAAAACAAUAAAUACCUUCAUGAGUCUGGACGGACACUUAACUGUCUGGCCUUUCUCUUGUCUCACACAGGGGACUCAAAGAACCAGAACGGCACUAAGACUGGAGAGCAGGAGGAAGAGGAAGAAGACAACCCUAAAGAAGAGACAGAGGAAGAAGAGAGUACCACAAAUACUCAGGCGGACUCUCCCUCAACGUCUCCCUCUCCCUCCAAACCUUACCCCUGCCGCUGGUGUAAGAAGGGGUUUGCCUACAAGUGUCGGAUGCUGGCCCACGUGAAGCGCUGCCCUCUGUCCAAAGAGUGUGAGCAGCAGUGUCCACAUUGCCCUAAGAAGCUGCCCAAUCAGCGCGCCCUGCAGCGCCACCAAGCUGAGGCUCACCGCAAGAACACAAAAACGAAGAAGAAGGUGGCCUGUGAGCUCUGUGGGCGAACCUUCGCACACCCAUCAGGUGAGAUUUAUGGAUGAAGCAGUGAGUUAAAGCGAGCCUGAUGUUUAUCAGUGAAGACAAAUGAACAUAAGGCGUCUGUGCUGUCAACGGUUCAUUUACUAUCAUGCUGAGUUGUACAUCCCAGCAUGGAGAGAUAAGGGUUAGUCAUGUUUCUGCUCUCACCUCUCGUAUCUCAGGACUGAUCUACCACAAACGCACCGAGCACUUUGACGAGAAACCGUUCGCUUGUGAGAACUGCGGCGCAAAGUUUGGCGCCAACUCGUCUCUGAAGAAUCACAUGAGGUUGCAUACAGGGGAGAAACCGUAUCAAUGCAAACACUGUGACACCAGCUUCAGUGUGGCUGCUGCACUCGCUUACCACACAAAGAAGAAACACUCUGAGGGUAAAAUACACACACACAAACACACACACAAAUGCAUUAUUUAAGUUCAGCUGAAGGCCGGUAUAAUGGUGCGUUCCAGUUGUACUCAGAAGUCGGGAUUUUUGAGCUCCGAGUCUGUACUUUGAAUUAGAUUGAACCUUGAGGUUAAAUUUCCGACUCAGAAAGUUGGACAAUCCACACAACCCCCGAGUUGACAUCAAAAAUGUGGCGGCGCAGGUUGUAAAAAGUAAGUAGAAGCUCCUGUAAUGGAAACAAUAAGCUACCAUCUGCGCCUUUGUGUUUCUUCUUUAUCCACCACGUUUGCAGGUCGCAGAAAGACUGCAUAUUUGUCCAGAAGUUGUUUAUAUUCGGACAAGGCAAGCGCAAGAUUAACUUUCAUAGAUGUAACCAUCUUGUUUCCACUUCAGUUUUUGGCCGUUGGCUACUUUUUUCCGCGUUUGUAACUGAAACGCUGAUAACUCGGGUGUGACGUCAUUCCCAGCUCUGAUUUCUGAGGUAAACAGAUCGCACCAUACGACCUUUUCUUCUGACUUCAACUCACUCCUCCUCUCUUUUGUGCUUUACAUCUUUUUUUAAAAUAUUUUUAUCCAGGUAAGAUGUACGUGUGUCAGUAUUGUAAAGCCACCUUUGCCCAGUCCAUUGAGCUGACACGUCACGUGCGAACACACACCGGAGAUCGACCUUACGUUUGCAGAGAGUGUGGCAAAGGUUACAGCCAGGCCAGUGGACUCACUGUUCAUCUGCAGACCUUUCACAGUGAGUUCAAUAGAUUAUUUACCUUUGUUCAGAUCAAAAGAUCAAACUGUUGAUAGAAAUGAAUGCCAACUUGAAGUUUACAGCCCCUAGACUGCAGUGGAGGAGGAAAGGCAAGCUAGAGUGAAGCACAUAGCUGCUGAAAAGCAAAAAAAAAUCAAACUAUUGGUACAGACACAUUUACAUCAGUAUUUUACAAUGAAUAAAUGCAUUGUUAAUGUUUCCUAAUAGAUGCCAAUCUGCGUUUUUUAAAAGACUGAAAAAAUGAGGAGAACUAGAAAAAAACUAUAAUGUCAACAAGUUAAGAAAUGUAAAAUCAAGCCGUGCUAAAGUUAACAGUUUGUAUGACCUCCAGGACCUGCUGUAUCAGACAGAGAGUGUUGGAAAAACACAGAUUUCUUAUGUGACACUGUCGAUGAUAAUUUGUGGUUUUAUACGUUUGGAGAAGAUGAGUCAUAAAAUAUGUGUUAGAGCUUGAAGAGAUUAUUUUCUUUCUAAGUUUGUCUGAUUUCUUCAUGGUUCCACUUCUUUUGUGUCAAACUUGCUGGAUGAUUAAAUUUGCAUUAAAAGCUUAAUUAUUUAUUAAUCAACAUGGAAAAACUAUGAUAACCAUGGUUACUGUUUCCAGCUGUUUGUAAAUAUCGCGGUGACACCUGUACGUCUGUGAUUUCUCUCUCUGUCUGUGUCAGAUAUGUCGGAGCCUCAUGACUGUCAGAAGUGCUGUCUCAGCUUCUCCUCUCUGGAUGAGCAUCGCCAGCACAUCCAAGAUUUCCACCCAAAGGAGUACCACAAAUGUCCCACCUGUAGUAAGGUGUUCACCAGCGCCGCCCUGCUGGACAAACACAAGGGCACGCACACAGGAUCCAAGCCCUUCAGCUGUGACAUCUGUAACAAGUCCUACCAGGUGAGACACAGAACUUCGCUGACUUGCUGACCUUCACAACAGAGCAGUGUGAUUCAUCGAAAUGUUUUUUCUUUGUUUCUAUAGCAACUAUCAGGGCUGUGGUACCACAACAGGACCAACCAUCCCGACGUGUUCGCCAGCCACACCCGGCAGCUGAAGGCCCUGGUCCAGUGUGACCUCUGCUUCAAGUUCUUUCCCAGUGCUGCCAGUUUGGCCAAACACCAAGCAACUGAUCACCAAGGUGAGACCACACAGACAGGUUCACUCAGGCCUAAAUCUGGCGGCGCUUUCUCCACCGCUCCAAGAAUGACCCGAUGUUUAUUCGAGUUAGAUUCUUCGCCUGGUUACAUUUCCUCUUCGUCUCUGCCCUUUCUUCUGUCGGCUUGCGUUUUCUUUCCACUUUUUGCGGUGGGGCAAACACAAGUGUUUUUUAUUUGAGGGGACGAGUCGGAACUAGAGGAGAGGGGUGUGUCGAAAACAGCGAGGUGAUUGGAUGGAGAGGCGGAGCAGGAGAUUGACCAAUAGGAGCUGUCCAGGACGGAUGGUCAAUGUUUUUGCACGGAUUAACAGAUUUUUUCCAUUCUUCUUUCUCUUCACUCUGUGGAGAUCGCAAUAAAGGGCCAUGAUCGCCAUAUAAACAAGGUUCAUAAUAAAAAGUACCAAUCUCUCCAAUCGUCAACCACUCCUUUAAAAAAGCUACAAUCGUGAAGUUGUCAGCUCAGUCCUGAAAAGGAGAAGAAAACAUUGAUUUUCAAAAGUUGGGCUUUUUCUUUUAAUUUGAAAGGACAGGAUACUGGGGCAAAAUGGGAAAGGGGGAAAGAAAUGGAACAGAUAUGCUUGAAAGCAACAGCAGGCUGGAAUUCAACCCAGACUGUCCAUGUGAGGAUCACAAUUUCCAUAUAUGGGACUUGUACAGACCAGCAAACCAGCAGCUCCUGACAGAAACAACUUUAAAAAUGUUUGCUUGAUGAAUGGAGGUUGGAUCCAUCAUUUUUAAAAACCUUUUGCCUGCAUACCUCAAAACCUGCUGAAACGUCAGUAAACAGACUAAAGCAGACCUCUUCCUAACACCAAAGUCCAGGUCCUCCUCACAGAUACUGAACUUUACGCUAAAUCUGGAAAUGAAGAUUGCACACUGAGCAGAUACUUCCCGGUGCUAAAGUGCCUUUUAAGACUAGAGGAAAAAAGUUCAACACUAAAUCCAGUUGCGGCAUAUUGUUAACACUUAAUUAGUUUCUCCAUACUGUGCAACUAAAAGACAUCAGAAGAGCUUUUUAUGAUGUUGAUAUUAAAAAAGAAGCAGAUAGAAGUUUGAGUCAACACAAACUUUGUUGCCCACUCUUUUUUUAUUAACUCACAUUUGAGUUUUCUCUUGUUACCCUCCAGUUUUCAGAGAGACGUGGUGUUUAGAUUCACAGCAGAUCGUCUGUCUCAAACAAUUCUGUCAUCGGUAAUGGAUCAAAGUUGAUUCGUGUUUCAUGGUUUUCCUCAUCUUCAGCUUUAAUUAUUGAUUCUUGAGUAGUUUAGUCAGUGCUGGUCAAAAUUGGUUAGAAAACAGAUUUUAGGAUCAAAGUGUUAUGUCUGAGCUCUGCUUAAAAAGGCAGUUUCUGUUCACCCAUUUCACACACCAAAGACUCAAAAUUUCCUGCAAGUUCCACCAGUUCCCUUCACGUUUGCAACUCGAGUGAACACAAUCUGAUGAAUAAAUAUCCCUGUUUGUCCUGACAGGCUCUGAGGCAUCCACGCUGCGUUGUCCGUUCUGCCCGGCGGUGCUGGGUGGCGAGGAGGAGAUGCAGGAGCACAUCAGCAGCCAGCAUAAUAAUCAGACUAGCGAGGUGUUUAACUGCCCCCUCUGCUCCCUGAUCUGCUCCUCCCACACAGAGCUGCAGGAGCACCUGUUGUCCUGCCACAUGGAGACCCAGGAGGAGCAGGGGGCCUCUGUCUCACACACAGUAAGAAGACACACAGAAUACCUCAUGUUUUUUACCUCUGCCUUUUUAAUCCUCGAUGCGUUUAGGGGAAAGACGGACUGAUCAAUUAUUUGAGCCGAUCAGACAGGCUAAUUAAAUAAUGUUUUAGUCAGUUUUAAAAGAGGACUCUCUGUCUGACAUCCUCAGACAGUGGAGCCUGAACAGCAGACGCUCAGUCACCUUUUGUAACUAGCUGAGAUUUAGGAACCACAGUUGGGUUUCUUCUAGAAGAUCUCAGGCUGCAGUCAGGCUCAUAGGGAGUUAGCAGCUCACAGAUAUAAAGUGGAACUGUUUUAAGCCUGAAGAACUAGUGGUUUAAAAUAUCUACUCUACAAGUUAGAGAAGAGCUGGGAGGGCUGGUGUUAUAUGAUCCCGUAAAAGCCUGGCUGCAGCAUCUUGAAUGAAUUACAGUCUCUUUAGGGCCCGAGCGUAGCUGCUAAGCAGCUGCGAGAGCCCUCUUGUUCCUGCAUGUUUCCUUCUUUUGUUAUUAGGGCCCGAGCGUAGCUGCUAAGCAGCUGCGAGAGCCCUAUUAUUCCCCAAGGGGUUUUUCUUUGUUUCUUUAGGGCCCGAGCGUAGCUGCUAAGCAGCUGCGAGAGCCCUCUUGUUCCUGCAUGUUUCCUUCUUUCGUUAUUAUUUUUCCUCCGCUUUAAACUGGAAAAUGGCCCACUUCCCACUGGCGAAAACUCAGGAAAUUUGGCAGGACGACCGGGCCUGGUGAAAAAUUCGAUAUUCUGAAGUCGCCCAAACAAUAAAAUGCAAAAUGGCUCCAUAGCGCCCCCUAAGGUGAAAAUUCACAUGACGGCUGUACGCUUUGUCAAAAUGACACAAAAAUUGACACACACAUGUAUCUCAAUAAGAUCUACAAAAAAGUCAGUGCGGGCGUAUCUGUCAAAUGUACGGUUAAUGGGUUAUUUUGCAUUUUUUGCAGAUCUGCACACAUUGGAAUUUCGCUAACUCCUCCGAAGGCUUUCGUUCGACCGGCACCACAUUUGCGCAGGCCAAUCUACCCCCCAUGGCCAUUAAAAGUUGUACAAAUCAUGACGCUGCACCCCACGGUUUACGUUCUAGGGGGCGCCAAAGAUAACCCAAAAUCCACAUUCUUAAAAGUCUUAUAACUUUUUAUUUUUGUCCUCAAUGCCCUCCAAGUUUUCAAGGAUGAUGCAAUGUCCAGCCAUCAACACAUUUGUGAAGGAAUUUUUACUCCCCAAAAGAGCGCCCCCCAUGGCAGGAGAAAAAAGUCAAUUUUUUCUUGUCCCCUUACAUGAAAAUACACAUUGUUGAGUGUCAUGCCUGAACGCUUUGUCAUAUUGACACAAAAAUUGACAAUCACGUGUAUCUCAAUUAGAUCUACGAAAAAGUCAAAAAGCGCGUAUCUGUAUAAUGUACGGUUAAAGGGCUAUUUCGCAUUUUUUGCCGAUUCGCACACAUUGGAAUGUGGCUAUCUCCUCCUAAGGCUUUCGUCCCAUCGAUACCAAAUUUGCUCAGGGCAAUCUACACCCCAUGCCCAUGCAAAGUUGUAAAAAUCAUGACGCUGCACCCCACGGUUUACGUUCUAGGGGGCACCAAAGAUGACCCAAAAAUCCACAUUCUUAAAAGUCAUUUUGGCCACUGCAGGAGUACAGAGUACUGCAGUUCUAGGGGGCGCCAAAGAUGACCCAAAAAUCCACAUUCUUAAAAGUCUUUUUGGCCACUGCAGGAGUACAGAGUACUGCAGGAUACACACACAUAUACACACGCACACACACACAUACACACGCACACACACACACACACACACACACACACACACACACACACACACACACACACACACUAAGAGUCUGUUUUUUAGCACCUGCAAAAACAUGCUGUUUACAUAUUUGACAAGAAUGCAGAGGCUUCCUUUUGCCCCUGAAAAAAAUCAGAUUUCAAACACAACUUGACUGUUCAUUUCUCCAAAAGACAACCAUGAAGCUCCAUCCAAACCUGAAGCAGAUAGUUGGUGCAUGUGUACAGUAACCUGAGGGGAGUGAGGUGACUAUUUCUGAGGAGAACAUGAGCAGUGAAGAUUCACCUUGGAGCUAGAACAGGGACGUGCACAUGAUUAUACAGGGGCAGGGGCUCAAGUUUUUUCCAGUCAUUUAUACAAUAUGGAAAUUAAUGUGAAAUUAAAACACAAAUAUGUGUGAUGAACUGUUUUUAAAACUUAAACUUCAAAUAAAAAUUGUAAACUUCAAAACAUAUGCAAAUUUUUAACAAAGAACAUAGUAAUUUACCUCUAUUUACAUCAAAAUGCAGGCAAUGGCCCAGGCGUUCUUUGUAAAAUUAUUUACAAAACACUGUAUAUCCUCCUCUAUGUCAGUCCAUGUGUAAUUUUUCCAUAAUUCUUUGUUUUUUGCAGCAUUUUUGUUAGUGUAACUGCAGAUUGUGCUGACAGUCUAUGGCAAAAAAAACAAAAACUGAAAAUGCCUCAACAUGAACCCCUGGUGGUCUCUGAGGGUGAAACCUGCUAACUGCUGCAGCUCUGUCAGCUUCAGUCUCCCAUGCAGAGCUUGGAGCGCAUGUGUGGCUCUGCACCCUUAGCAGCGUUGCUAACUCCUCAGUAAGGAAAGCCUGCUUCAUGUCAGAGUCUCUAAACUCCAGAAGAAGUCGAUAAAAGUCCCUUUCUUUCUAAAAAAAAGUCGUUAGGGGGUCUGAAAAGUAAUUGAAUCUAACAACAAAGUCGCUAGGUUUGCAACUACGUGUCCCAGACUGCAUCCCUGCUGAGAGUCCCUCCCUCCCUUCUCAUGUUGCAGGAAGAACGUAAGCGCCCGCCCCUUGUCAAUCAGUCACCAUAUAAUUUUGGAUUGGUUGUUGUGGUGAAGUUUUCCACCAAUAGGAGAGAUGUUGUGGUGUGUUUUUUUUUUCUUUUGGCAAGCCUUUUCCGCCUGUAAGACCUGUCACUAAUGUGUGCAUGCUAUGUUUUCCUGUCUCAUACAGCGCGAUCGAGCGCCGAACGUGAUCAAAAUAAGCAGAAAAAAAGUAUCGCGGACAUAAUUUAUCAUAACUCUGGUUUUAUUUGGCCUAUCAACACAAUUUAAAAACUGGUAUAUAGGUUGAGGUCCUCACUUUUGAGAUAAGUUGAAACGGAGAGUUAACGAGGCUCCGUCUUGCAGCUACAUCCGGUUAAAUAUGUCAUGUGACUUGAACGCUGGGGAGCGUCAAUCGAAUCGAAUCAAACCUAACUUUCAGAUGAAUCUUCAAAAUUCACCUCAGAUAUAUGCUUAUUAUUCUUCUCAGAGUACUGCAGGAUACACACACACACACACAGACACACACACGCACAGACACACACACACACUCAGAGUCUGUUUCUUAGCACCUGCAAAAACAUGCUAUUUACAUAUUUGACAAGAAUGCAGAGGCUUCCUUUUGCCCCUGAAAAAAAUCAAAUUUCAAACACAACUUGACUGCUCAUUUCUCCAAAAGACAACCAUGAAGCUCCAUCCAAACCUGAAGCAGGCAGUUGGUGCAUGUGUACAGUAACCUGAGGGGAGUGAGGUGACUGCUUCUGAGGAGAACAUGAGCAGUGAAGAUUCACCUUGGAGCUAGAACAGGGACGUGCACAUGAUAAUACAGGGGCAGGGGCUCAAGUUUUUUCCAGUCGUUUAUACAAUAUGGAAAUUAAUGUGAAAUUAAAAAACAAAGUAUGACUGUCCUGUGUAGGUGACAGUGAUAUCCAAUAGGCUAGGCACUCACGAGGCUGGCUGUGGCAAGUGUAAGUGAAAGCAACACGCACUGGCAGGAAGAACAGCAAACGCCGAUGAAGGAAAAGGGUCUUUGCAGUGAUGGGCGUUACCAAAGAGGGCGAUGGCCAGAGGACACAAAUGGGACGGGGAGGCAGCGCGUUGGGGGGGGGACGCGACACAGCUCGGGCCCGCCAGUGCCCCAACGGGGCCCUAGUUAGGGCCCGAGCCAGCUGCAGAGCAGCCGGGCGUAGGCCCUGUUAUUCCUGUAGGGGUUUUUCUUUGUUUCUUUCUUUCUUCUUUUUCCUCCCCUUUGAACUGGAAAAUGGCCCACUUCCCACAGGCGAAAACUCAGGAAAUUUGGCAGGACGACCGGGCCUGGUGAAAAAUUUGAUAUUCCGAAUUCGCCCAAACAAGAAAAUGCAAAAUGGCUCCAUAGCGCCCCCUAAGGUGAAAAUUCACACUAUUGACUGUCACGCCUGUACGCUUUGUCAAAAUGACACAAAAAUUGACACACACAUGUAUCUCAAUAAGAUCUACAAAAAAGUCAGUGCGGGCGUAUCUGUCUAAUGUACGGUUAAAGGGUUAUUUCGCAUUUUUUGCCGAUCCGCACACAUUGGAAUUUCGCUAACUCCUCCGAAGGCUUUCGUUCCACCGGCACCACAUUUGCUCAGGCCAAUCUACACCCCAUGGCCAUUAAAAGUUAUUCAAAUCAUGACGCUGCACCCCACGGUUUAGGUUCUAGGGGGCGCCAAAGAUAACCCUAAAAUCCACAUUUUUAAAUGUCUUAUAACUUUUUAUUUUUGCCCUCACUGGCCUCCAAGUUUUCUAGGAUGAUGCAAUGUCCAGCCAUCAACACAUUUGUGAAGGAAUUUUUACUCCCCAAAAGAGCGCCCCCCCAUGGCAGGAGAAAAAAGUUCAUUUUUUCUUGUCCCAUAAGGUGAAAAUUCACACUAUUGACUGUCACGCCUGUACGCUUUGUCAAAAUGACACAAAAAUUGACACACACAUGUAUCUCAAUAAGAUCUACAAAAAAGUCAGUGCGGGCGUAUCUGUCUAAUGUACGGUUAAAGGGUUAUUUCGCAUUUUUUGCCGAUCCGCACACAUUGGAAUUUCGCUAACUCCUCCGAAGGCUUUCGUUCCACCGGCACCACAUUUGCUCAGGCCAAUCUACACCCCAUGGCCAUUAAAAGUUAUUCAAAUCAUGACGCUGCACCCCACGGUUUAGGUUCUAGGGGGCGCCAAAGAUAACCCUAAAAUCCACAUUUUUAAAUGUCUUAUAACUUUUUAUUUUUGCCCUCACUGGCCUCCAAGUUUUCUAGGAUGAUGCAAUGUCCAGCCAUCAACACAUUUGUGAAGGAAUUUUUACUCCCCAAAAGAGCGCCCCCCCAUGGCAGGAGAAAAAAGUUCAUUUUUUCUUGUCCCAUAAGGUGAAAAUUCACACUAUUGACUGUCACGCCUGUACGCUUUGUCAAAAUGACACAAAAAUUGACACACACAUGUAUCUCAAUAAGAUCUACAAAAAAGUCCAUGCGCGCGUAUCUGUCAAAUGUACGGUUAAAGGGUUAUUCCGCAUUUUUUGCCGAUUCGCACACAUUGGAAUUUCGCUAACUCCUCCGAAGGCUUUCGUUCCACCGGCACCAAAUUUGCUCAGGCCAAUCUACACCCCAUGGCCAUUAAAAGUUAUUCAAAUCUUGACGCUGCACCCCAUGGUUUACGUUCUAGGGGGCGCCAAAGAUAACCCAAAAAUCCACAUUUUUAAAAGUCUUAUAACUUUUUAUUUUUGUCCUCACUGGCCUCCAAGUUUUCUAGGAUGAUGCAAUGUCCAGCCAUCAACACAUUUGUGAAGGAAUUUUUACUCCCCAAAAGAGCGCCCCCCCCAUGGCAGAAGAAAAAUGUCCAUUUUUUCUUGUCCCCUAAGGUGAAAAUACACAUUGUUGAGUGUCACGCCUAUACGCUUUGUCAAAAUGACACAAAAAUUGACACACACAUGUAACUCAAUAAGAUCUACGAAAAAGUCAAUGCGCGCGUAUCUGUCAAAUGUACGGUUAAAGGGUUAUUCCGCAUUUUUUGCCGAUCCGCACACAUUGGAAUGUGGCUAACUCCUCCUAAGGCUUUCGUUCCACCAGCACCACAUUUGCUCAGGCCAAUCUACACCCCAUGGCCAUUAAAAGUUAUUCAAAUCAUGACGCUGCACCCCACGGUUUACGUUCUAGGGGGCGCCAAAUAUAACCUUAAAAUCCACAUAUUUAAAAGUCUUAUAACUUUUUAUUUUUGUCCUCACUGGCCUCCAAGUUUUCUAGGAUGAUGCAAUGUCCAGCCAUCAACACAUUUGUGAAGGAAUUUUUACUCCCCAAAAGAGCGCCCCCCCAUGGCAGGAGAAAAAAGUCCAUUUUUUCUUGUCCCCUAAGGUGAAAAUACAUAUUGUUGAGAUUCACGCCUAUACGCUUUGUCAUAUUGACACAAAAUUUGACAAUCACGUGCCUUGCCUGGUAUCAUUUUUUUCAGCACAACCUCACCUGUGCGAAUUUACAGUUAUUUUAUCAUGUUGACAUACUGAAUUUACACAAUGGACCCAAAUUCACACACAAAACAUAAAAUCCGAGUGGAAAAAAGUAAAAUUUUUACUGUGAAAACCACAAAUAUGUGUGAUGAACUGUUUUUAAAACUUAAACUUCAAAUAAAAAUUGUAAACUUCAAAACAUAUGCAAAUUUUUAACAAAGAACAUAGUGAUUUACCUCUAUUUACAUCAAAAUGCAGGCAAUGGCCCAGGCGUUCUUUGUAAAAUUAUUUACAAAACACUGUAUAGUCUCACAAAUGUCACUUUUUAUUUAUGCCACUACAAAAAACAUGAUGUAAAUGAUGCAUGAUGUAAAACAUGAUGUAAAAAACUUGUGUAGAUCCUCCUCUAUGUCAGUCCAUGUGUAAUUUUUCCAUAAUUCUUUGUUUUUUGCAGCAUUUUUGUUAGUGUAACUGCAGAUUGUGCUGACAGUGUCUAUGGCACAAAAAAAAAAAAAAAAAUUAAAAUGCCUCAACAUGAACCCCUGGUGGUCUCUGAGGGUGAAACCUGCUAACUGCUGCAGCUCUGUCAGCUUCAGUCUCCCAUGCAGAGCUCUGAGCGCAUGUGUGGCUCUGCACCCUUAGCAGCGUUGCUAACUCCUCAGUAAGGAAAGCCUGCUUCAUGUCAGAGUCUCUAAACUCCAGAAGAAGUCGAUAAAAGUCCCUUUCUUUCUAAAAAAAAGUCGUUAGGGGGUCUGAAAAGUCAUUGAAUCUAACAACAAAGUCGCUAGGUUUGCAACUACGUGUCCCAGACUGCAUCCCUGCUGAGAGUCCCUCCCUCGCUUCUCAUGUUGCAGGAAGAACGUAAGCGCCCUCCCCUUGUCAAUCAGUCACCAUAUAAUUUUGGAUUGGUUGUUGUGGUGAAGUUUUCCACCAAUAGGAGAGAUGUUGUGGUGUGUUUUUUUUUUCUUUUGGCAAGCCUUUUCCGCCUGUAAGACCUGUCGCUAAUGUCUGCAUGCUAUGUUUUCCUGUCUCAUACAGCGCGAUCGAGCGCCGAACGUGAUCAAAAUAAGCAGAAAAAAAGUAUCGCGGACAUAAUUUAUCAUAACUCUGGUUUUAUUUGGCCUAUCAACACAAUUUAAAAACUGGUAUAUAGGUUGAGGUCCUCACUUUUUAGAUUAGUUGAAACGGAUGCUGCGUCCGAACUGCCCGCUCGGAUACUACAUGCUACUGCUACGUGCUACUGCUAGAUCCUACACCUACAUACUAAAAACGUUGGCCCUAUUCGGACACACUACACGAGCGGUGGGGAAAGACGACCCCCGCAGGCAGAGAGUAGGUACUGCGCCCGUGCAGACAGUGGUAACUGAAGCCCCUCAUCUGCGGGCCUGGCUGUAGUACUGCAGCUGUGCAGUUUCAUGAUGGAAUAAGUGAGCUUUACCUCCAUGAUGUCGCCACUUGCUCAUAAAAUGAUUACUUGGGCAAAUAUGACACCAUGACAUGACAAAGAAAUACAACCGCACAUUUUUUAGGACAGUGUGUGAAGUUACAUGAAACUUACAUCUGUACUGCUGCGGUCCCGCCUGCUGCUGCUGCUGCUCCGACAUGGUGCGCGCUGCUGUGGCCAGCCGGCGUUCGCGACGCACCUAAAUAGGCAGCAGAUGGUGGCGCUAGCAUAACAUGCGCUUCUACAACUUUUAAGAGGACGAAGAAGAAGCCCGCGGUGCAUUUUGGGUCAGUAACAUGCCCGUAGGAUGCACCGAGACCAACCUACAAUGUGGGCGUGUCUAGCAUCUGAAGUAGUAUCUGAAGUAGCAUGCUACUCGCUCCGGUGGCCAAUUCGGACAUGCUAGAUACUACUUCGACUACUACUUCGACUACUACUUGGCAAUUCGGACGCAGCUGGAGAGUCAACGAGGCUCCGUCUUGCAGCUACAUCCGGUUAAAUAUGUCAUGUGACUUGAACGCUGGGGAGCGUCAAUCGACUGCAGAGCCAGCAGACAAAGUAGUUAUGGCCACUGAGAGGCACACAUUUGUCAUAUGCUAUAAUCCUAACAUAUUUGAAUGCUUUUUCUAUUUAAACCUAAUGGAUCUAAGGUUUGACCUUCAAAAUUUAGGAAGAAUAUGUUUUUGCAGUAAUUACCCCCUUAAACAACCAGAGGUCCUUUCCUAAAGUUUAUGGAAAUUUUAGUGAAGGCCUUGGUUUCUUUCCUUGCAAAAUGUAUAGAAAUAAUAAAGCUAAAUACCAUAAAAUGGUCUUGGUGUAUUAGCAGUGAUAUAAAAUAGUGGUUUGAAUAUGAAUGAACAACAAAAAAAACAUCAACAGAGCCUUUUUGAGUUGGGAUUCUUACACAAAAACAGACAUAGAUAGACAUCUGAAGGGUAAGGGAAUGAUCAGCCCUCCUAACUCUCAGAUGAAUCUUCAAAAUUCACCUCAGAAAUAUGCUCAUUAUUCUUCUCAGAGUACUACAAGAUAUACACACACACACACAGACACAAACACACACACACACACACACACACACACACACACACACACACACACACACACACACACACACACACACACUCAGAGUCUGUUUUUUAGCACCUGCAAAAACAUGCUAUUUACAUAUUUGACAAGAAUGCAGAGGCUCCUUUUGCCCCUGAAAAAAAUCUAAUUUCAAACACAACUUGACUGCUCAUUUCUCCAAAACACAACCAUGAAGCCCUAUGCAAACCUGAAGCAGGCAGUUGGUGCAUGUGUACAGUAACCUGAGGGGAGUGAGGUGACUGCUUCUGAGGAGAACAUGAGCAGUGAAGCUUCACCUUAGAGCCAGAACAGGGACGUGCACAUAAUUAUACAGGGGCAGGGGCUCAAGUCUUUUCCAGUCAUUUAUACAAUAUGGAAAUUAAUGUGAAAUUAAAAAACAAAGUAUUAAUAGAAAGGUAAUGACUGUCCUGUGUAGAUGACAGUGAUAUCCAAUAGGCUAGGCACUCACGAGGCUGGCUGUGGCAAGUGUAAGUGAAAGCAACACGCACUGGCAGGAAGAACAGCAAACGCCGAUGAAGGAAAAGGGUCUUUGCAGUGAUAGGCGUUACCAGAGAGGGCGAUGGCCAGAGGACGCGAAUGGGACGGGGAGGCAGCGCGUUGGGGGGGGCCGCGCGACACGGCUCGGGCCCGCCAGUGCCCCAACGGGGCCCUAGUUGUUAGUGUAACUGCAGAUUGUGCUGACAGUGUCUAUGGCACACAAAAAAAAAAAAAAUUAAAAUGCCUCAACAUGAACCCCUGGUGGUCUCUGAGGGUGAAACCUGCUAACUGCUGCAGCUCUGUCAGCUUCAGUCUCCCAUGCAGAGCUCUGAGCGCAUGUGUGGCUCUGCACCCUUAGCAGCGUUGCUAACUCCUCAGUAAGGAAAGCCUGCUUCAUGUCAGAGUCUCUAAACUCCAGAAGAAGUCGAUAAAAGUCCCUUUCUUUCUAAAAAAAAGUUGUUAGGGGGUCUGAAAAGUCAUUGAAUCUAACAACAAAGUCGCUAGGUUUGCAACUACGUGUCCCAGACUGCAUCCCUGCUGAGAGUCCCUCCCUCGCUUCUCAUGUUGCAGGAAGAACGUAAGCGCCCGCCCCUUGUCAAUCAGUCACCAUAUAAUUUUGGAUUGGUUGUUGUGGUGAAGUUUUCCACCAAUAGGAGAGAUGUUGUGGUGUGUUUUUUUUUUCUUUUGGCAAGCCUUUUCCGCCUGUAAGACCUGUCGCUAAUGUCUGCAUGCUAUGUUUUCCUGUCUCAUACAGCGCGAUCGAGCGCAGAACGUGAUCAAAAUAAGCAGAAAAAAAGUAUCGCGGACAUAAUUUAUCAUAACUCUGGUUUUAUUUGGCCUAUCAACACAAUUUAAAAACUGGUAUAUAGGUUGAGGUCCUCACUUUUGAGAUAAGUUGAAACGGAGAGUCAACAAGGCUCCGUCUUGCAGCUACAUCCGGUUAAAUAUGUCAUGUGACUUGAACGCACACACAGACACACACACACGCACACACACACACACACACACACACACACACAGACACACACACACACACACACACACACACACACACACACACUCAGAGUCUGGUUUUUAGCACCUGCAAAAACAUGCUAUUUACAUAUUUGACAAGAAUGCAGAGGCUCCUUUUGCCUCUGAAAAAAAUCAAAUUUCAAACACAACUUGACUGGUCAUUUCUCCAAAAGACAACCAUGAAGCUCCAUCCAAACCUGAAGCAGGCAGUUGGUGCAUGUGUACAGUAACCUGAGGGGAGUGAGGUGAGUGCUUCUGAGGAGAACAUGAGCAGUGAAGAUUCACCUUGGAGCUAGAACAGAGACAUGCACAUGAUUAUACAGGGGCAGGGGCUCAAGUUUUUUCCAGUCGUUUAUACAAUAUGGAAAUUAAUGUGAAAUUAAAACACAAAGUAUUAAUAGAAAGGUAAUGACUGUCCUGUGUAGGUGACAGUGAUAUCGAAUAGGCUAGGCACUCACGAGGCUGGCUGUGGCAAGUGUAAGUGAAAGCAACACGCACUGGCAGGAAGAACAGCAAACGCCGAUGAAGGAAAAGGGACUUUGCAGUGAUGGGCGUUACCAGAGAGGGCGAUGGCCAGAGGACACAAAUGGGACGGGGAGGCAGCACGUUGGGGGGGGGGGGGGGGCGACACGGCUCGGGCCCGCCAGUGCCCCAACGGGGUCCUAGUUAGGGCCCGAGCGUAGCUGCUAAGCAGCUGCGAGAGCCCUCUUGUUCCUGCAUGUUUCCUUCUUUUGUUAUUAUUAGGGCCCGAGCCAGCUGCAGAGCAGCCGGGCGUAGGCCCUAUUAUUCCCCAAGUGGUUUUUCUUUGUUUCUUUCUUUCUUUUUUCUUUUUCCUCCCCUUUGAACUGGAAAAUGGCCCACUUCCCACUGGCGAAAACUCAUGAAAUUUGGCAGGACGACCGGGCCUGGUGAAAAAUUCGAUAUUCUGAAGUCGCCAAAACAAUAAAAUGCAAAAUGGCUCCAUAGCGCCCCCUAAGGUGGAAAUUCAAACUAUUGACUGUCACGCCUGUACGCUUUGUCAUAUUGACACAAAAAUUGACACACACAUGUAUCUCAAUAAGAUCUACAAAAAAGUCAGUGCGGCCGUAUCUGUCAAAAUUACGGUUAAAGGGUUAUUUCGCAUUUUUUGCCGAUCCGCACACAUUGGAAUGUGGCUAACUCCUCCGAAGGCUUUCGUUCCACCGGCACCACAUUUGCUCAGGCCAAUCUACACCCCAUGGCCAUUAAAAGUUAUCAAAAUCAUGACGCUGCACCCCAAGGUUUAGGUUCUAGGGGGCGCCAAAGAUAACACUAAAAUCCACAUAUUUAAAAGUCUUAUAACUUUUUAUUUUUGUCCUCACUGGCCUCCAAGUUUUCUAGGAUGAUGCAAUGUCCAGCCAUCAACACAUUUGUGAAGGAAUUUUUACUCCCCAAAAGAGCGCCCCCCCAUGGCAGGAGAAAAAGUCCAUUUUUUCUUGUCCCCUAAGGUGAAAAUACACAUUGUUGAGUGUCACGCCUAUACGCUUUGUCAAAAUGACACAAAAAUUGACACACACAUGUAACUCAAUAAGAUCUACAAAAAAGUCCAUGCGCGCGUAUCUGUCAAAUGUACAGUUAAAGGGUUAUUCCGCAUUUUUUGGCGAUCCGCACACAUUGGAAUUUCGCUAACUCCUCCGAAGGCUUUCGUUCCACCGGCACCACAUUUGCUCAGGCCAAUCUACACCCCAUGGCCAUUAAAAGUUAUUCAAAUCAUGAUGCUGCACCCCAUGGUUUAGGUUCUAGGGGGCGCCAAAAAUAACCAAAAAAUCUACAUUCUUAAAUGUUUUAUAACUUUUUAUUUUUGUCCUCACUGGCCUCCAAGUUUUCUAGGAUGAUGCAAUGUCCAGCCAUCAACACAUUUGUUAAGGAAUUUUUACUCCCCAAAAGAGCGCCCCCCCAUGGUAGGAGAAAAAAGUCAAUUUUUUCUUGUCCCCUUACAUAAAAAUACACAUUGUUGAGUGUCAUGCCUGAACGCUUUGUCAUAUUGACACAAAAAUUGACAAUCAUGUGUAUCUCAAUUAGAUCUACGAAAAAGUCAAAGAGCGCGUAUCUGUAUAAUGUACGGUUAAAGGGCUAUUUUGCAUUUUUUGCCGAUUCGCACACAUUGGAAUGUGGCUAUCUCCUCCUAAGGCUUUCGUCCCACCGAUACCAAAUUUGCUCAGGGCAAUCUACACCCCAUGCCCAUUCAAAGUUGUAAAAAUCAUGACGCUGCACCCCACGGUUUACGUUCUAGGGGGCGCCAAAGAUGACCCAAAAAUCCACAUUCUUAAAAGUCAUUUUGGCCACUGCAGGAGUACAGAGUACUGCAGUUCUAGGGGGCGCCAAAGAUGACCCAAAAAUCCACAUUCUUAAAAGUCUUUUUGGCCACUGCAGGAGUACAGAGUACUGCAGGAUACACACACAUAUACACACACGCCAACAUACACACACACACACACACACACACACACACACACACACACACACACACACACUCAGAGUCUGUUUUUUAGCACCUGCAAAAACAUGCUGUUUACAUAUUUGACAAGAAUGCAGAGGCUUCCUUUUGCCCCUGAAAAAAAUCAAAUUUCAAACACAACUUGACUGUUCAUUUCUCCAAAAGACAACCAUGAAGCUCCAUUUCAAACCUGAAGCAGAUAGUUGGUGCAUGUGUACAGUAACCUGAGGGGAGUGAGGUGACUAUUUCUGAGGAGAACAUGAGCAGUGAAGAUUAACCUUGGAGCUAGAACAGGGACGUGCACAUGAUUAUACAGGGGCAGGGGCUCAAGUUUUUUCCAGUCAUUUAUACAAUAUGGAAAUUAAUGUGAAAUUAAACCACAAAUAUGUGUGAUGAACUGUUUUUAAAACUUAAACUUCAAAUAAAAAUUGUAAACUUCAAAACAUAUGCAAAUUUUUAACAAAGAACAUAGUAAUUUACCUCUAUUUACAUCAAAAUGCAGGCAAUGGCCCAGGCGUUCUUUGUAAAAUUAUUUACAAAACACUGUAUAGUCUCACAAAUGUCACUUUUUAUUUAUGCCACUACAAAAAAACAUGAUGUAAAUGAUGCAUGAUGUAAAACAUGAUGUAAAAAACUUGUGUAGAUCCUCCUCUAUGUCAGUCCAUGUGUAAUUUUUCCAUAAUUCUUUGUUUUUUGCAGCAUUUUUGUUAGUGUAACUGCAGAUUGUGCUGACAGUGUCUAUGGCACAAAAAAAAAAAAAAAAUUAAAAUGCCUCAACAUGAACCCCUGGUGGUCUCUGAGGGUGAAACCUGCUAACUGCUGCAGCUCUGUCAGCUUCAGUCUCCCAUGCAGAGCUCUGAGCGCAUGUGUGGCUCUGCACCCUUAGCAGCGUUGCUAACUCCUCAGUAAGGAAAGCCUGCUUCAUGUCAGAGUCUCUAAACUCCAGAAGAAGUCGAUAAAAGUCCCUUUCUUUCUAAAAAAAGUCGUUAGGGGGUCUGACAACAAAGUCGCUAGGUUUGCAACUACGUGUCCCAGACUGCAUCCCUGCUGAGAGUCCCUCCCUCCCUUCUCAUGUUGCAGGAAGAACGUAAGCGCCCGCCCCUUGUCAAUCAGUCACCAUAUAAUUUUGGAUUGGUUGUUGUGGUGAAGUUUUCCACCAAUAGGAGAGAUGUUGUGGUGUGUUUUUUUUUUCCUUUGGCAAGCCUUUUCCGCCUGUAAGACCUGUCGCUAAUGUCUGCAUGCUAUGUUUUCCUGUCUCAUACAGCGCGAUCGAGCGCCGAACAUGAUCAAAAUAAGCAGAAAAAAAGUAUCGCGGACAUAAUUUAUCAUAACUCUGGUUUUAUUUGGCCUAUCAACACAAUUUAAAAACUGGUAUAUAGGUUGAGGUCCUCACUUUUGAGAUGAGUUGAAACGGAGAGUCAACGAGGCUCCGUCUUGCAGCUACAUCCGGUUAAAUAUGUCAUGUGAUUUGAACGCACACAUAGACACACACACACGCACACACACACACACACACACACACACACACACACACACACACACACACACACACUCAGAGUCUGGUUUUUAGCACCUGCAAAAACAUGCUAUUUACAUAUUUGACAAGAAUGCAGAGGCUCCUUUUGCCCCUGAAAAAAAUCAAAUUUCAAACACAACUUGACUGGUCAUUUCUCCAAAAGACAACCAUGAAGCUCCAUCCAAACCUGAAGCAGGCAGUUGGUGCAUGUGUACAGUAACCUGAGGGGAGUGAGGUGAGUGCUUCUGAGGAGAACAUGAGCAGUGAAGAUUCACCUUGGAGCUAGGACAGAGACAUGCACAUGAUUAUACAGGGGCAGGGGCUCAAGUUUUUUCCAGUCGUUUAUACAAUAUGGAAAUUAAUGUGAAAUUAAAACACAAAGUAUUAAUAGAAAGGUAAUGACUGUCCUGUGUAGGUGACAGUGAUAUCCAAUAGGCUAGGCACUCACGAGGCUGGCUGUGGCAAGUGUAAGUGAAAGCAACACGCACUGGCAGGAAGAACAGCAAACGCCGAUGAAGGAAAAGGGUCUUUGCAGUGAUGGGCGUUACCAGAGAGGGCGAUGGCCAGAGGACACAAAUGGGACGGGGAGGCAGCGCGUUGGGGGGGGGACGCGACACAGCUCGGGCCCGCCAGUGCCCCAACGGGGUCCUAGUUCUUUCUUUCUUUCUUUCUUUCUUUCUUUCUUCUUUUUCCUCCCCUUUGAACUGGAAAAUGGCCCACUUCCCACUGGCGAAAACUCAUGAAAUUUGGCAGGACGACCGGGCCUGGUGAAAAAUUCGAUAUUCUGAAGUCGCCCAAACAAUAAAAUGCAAAAUGGCUCCAUAGCGCCCCCUAAGGUGGAAAUUCACACUAUUGACUGUCACGCCUGUACGCUUUGUCAUAUUGACACAAAAAUUGACACACAUAUGUAUCUCAAUAAGAUCUACAAAAAAGUCAGUGCGGCCGUAUCUGUCAAAAUUACGGUUAAAGGGUUAUUUCGCAUUUUUUGCCGAUCUGCACACAUUGGAAUUUCGCUAACUCCUCCGAAGGCUUUCGUUCCACCGGCACCACAUUUGCUCAGGCCAAUCUACACCCCGUGGCCAUUAAAAGUUAUCAAAAUCAUGACGCUGCACCCCAAGGUUUAGGUUCUAGGGGGCGCCAAAGAUAACACUAAAAUCCACAUAUUUAAAAGUCUUAUAACUUUUUAUUUUUGUCCUCACUGGCCUCCAAGUUUUCUAGGAUGAUGCAAUGUCCAGCCAUCAACACAUUUGUGAAGGAAUUUUUACUCCCCAAAAGAGCGCCCCCCCAUGGCAGGAGAAAAAAGUCCAUUUUUUCUUGUCCCCUAAGGUGAAAAUACACAUUGUUGAGUGUCACGCCUAUACGCUUUGUCAAAAUGACACAAAAAUUGACACACACAUGUAACUCAAUAAGAUCUACAAAAAAGUCCAUGCGCGCGUAUCUGUCAAAUGUACAGUUAAAGGGUUAUUCCGCAUUUUUUGCCGAUACGCACACAUUGGAAUUUCGCUAACUCCUCCGAAGGCUUUCGUUCCACCGGCACCACAUUUGCUCAGGCCAAUCUACACCCCAUGGCCAUUAAAAGUUAUUCAAAUCAUGAUGCUGCACCCCAUGGUUUAGGUUCUAGGGGGCGCCAAAAAUAACCCAAAAAUCCACAUUCUUAAAUGUUUUAUAACUUUUUAUUUUUGUCCUCACUGGCCUCCAAGUUUUCUAGGAUGAUGCAAUGUCCAGCCAUCAACACAUUUGUGAAGGAAUUUUUACUCCCCAAAAGAGCGCCCCCCCAUGGUAGGAGAAAAAAGUCAAUUUUUUCUUGUCCCCUUACAUAAAAAUACACAUUGUUGAGUGUCACGCCUGAACGCUUUGUCAUAUUGACACAAAAAUUGACAAUCAUGUGUAUCUCAAUUAGAUCUACGAAAAAGUCAAAGAGCGCGUAUCUGUAUAAUGUACGGUUAAAGGGCUAUUUUGCAUUUUUUGCCGAUUCGCACACAUUGGAAUGUGGCUAUCUCCUCCUAAGGCUUUCGUCCCACCGAUACCAAAUUUGCUCAGGGCAAUCUACACCCCAUGCCCAUUCAAAGUUGUAAAAAUCAUGACGCUGCACCCCACGGUUUACGUUCUAGGGGGCGCCAAAGAUGACCCAAAAAUCCACAUUCUUAAAAGUCAUUUUGGCCACUGCAGGAGUACAGAGUACUGCAGUUCUAGGGGGCGCCAAAGAUGACCCAAAAAUCCACAUUCUUAAAAGUCUUUUUGGCCACUGCAGGAGUACAGAGUACUGCAGGAUACACACACAUAUACACACACGCCAACAUACACACACACACACACACACACACACACACACACACACACACACACACACACACACACACACUCAGAGUCUGUUUUUUAGCACCUGCAAAAACAUGCUGUUUACAUAUUUGACAAGAAUGCAGAGGCUUCCUUUUGCCCCUGAAAAAAAAUCAAAUUUCAAACACAACUUGACUGUUCAUUUCUCCAAAAGACAACCAUGAAGCUCCAUUUCAAACCUGAAGCAGAUAGUUGGUGCAUGUGUACAGUAACCUGAGGGGAGUGAGGUGACUAUUUCUGAGGAGAACAUGAGCAGUGAAGAUUCACCUUGGAGCUAGAACAGGGACGUGCACAUGAUUAUACAGGGGCAGGGGCUCAAGUUUUUUCCAGUCAUUUAUACAAUAUGGAAAUUAAUGUGAAAUUAAACCACAAAUAUGUGUGAUGAACUGUUUUUAAAACUUAAACUUCAAAUAAAAAUUGUAAACUUCAAAACAUAUGCAAAUUUUUAACAAAGAACAUAGUAAUUUACCUCUAUUUACAUCAAAAUGCAGGCAAUGGCCCAGGCGUUCUUUGUAAAAUUAUUUACAAAACACUGUAUAGUCUCACAAAUGUCACUUUUUAUUUAUGCCACUACAAAAAAACAUGAUGUAAAUGAUGCAUGAUGUAAAACAUGAUGUAAAAAACUUGUGUAGAUCCUCCUCUAUGUCAGUCCAUGUGUAAUUUUUCCAUAAUUCUUUGUUUUUUGCAGCAUUUUUGUUAGUGUAACUGCAGAUUUUGCUGACAGUGUCUAUGGCACAAAAAAAAAAAAAAAUAAAAUGCCUCAACAUGAACCCCUGGUGGUCUCUGAGGGUGAAACCUGCUAACUGCUGCAGCUCUGUCAGCUUCAUUCUCCCAUGCAGAGCUCUGAGCGCAUGUGUGGCUCUGCACCCUUAGCAGCGUUGCUAACUCCUCAGUAAGGAAAGCCUGCUUCAUGUCAGAGUCUCUAAACUCCAGAAGAAGUCGAUAAAAGUCCCUUUCUUUCUAAAAAAAAGUCGUUAGGGUGUCUGAAAAGUCAUUGAAUCUAACAACAAAGUCGCUAGGUUUGCAACUACGUGUCCCAGACUGCAUCCCUGCUGAGAGUCCCUCCCUCCCUUCUCAUGUUGCAGGAAGAACGUAAGCGCCCGCCCCUUGUCAAUCAGUCACCAUAUAAUUUUGGAUUGGUUGUUGUGGUGAAGUUUUCCACCAAUAGGAGAGAUGUUGUGGUGUGUUUUUUUUUUCUUUUGGCAAGCCUUUUCCGCCUGUAAGACCUGUCGCUAAUGUCUGCAUGCUAUGUUUUCCUGUCUCAUACAGCGCGAUCGAGCGCCGAACGUGAUCAAAAUAAGCAGAAAAAAAGUAUCGCGGACAUAAUUUAUCAUAACUCUGGUUUUAUUUGGCCUAUCAACACAAUUUAAAAACUGGUAUAUAGGUUGAGGUCCUCACUUUUGAGAUAAGUUGAAACGGAGAGUCAACGAGGCUCCGUCUUGCAGCUACAUCAGGUUAAAUAUGUCAUGUGACUUGAACGCACACAUAGACACACACACACGCACACACACACACACACACACACACACACACACACACACACACUCAGAGUCUGGUUUUUAGCACCUGCAAAAACAUGCUAUUUACAUAUUUGACAAGAAUGCAGAGGCUCCUUUUGCCCCUGAAAAAAAUCAAAUUUCAAACACAACUUGACUGGUCAUUUCUCCAAAAGACAACCAUGAAGCUCCAUCCAAACCUGAAGCAGGCAGUUGGUGCAUGUGUACAGUAACCUGAGGGGAGUGAGGUGAGUGCUUCUGAGGAGAACAUGAGCAGUGAAGAUUCACCUUGGAGCUAGAACAGAGACAUGCACAUGAUUAUACAGGGGCAGGGGCUCAAGUUUUUUCCAGUCGUUUAUACAAUAUGGAAAUUAAUGUGAAAUUAAAACACAAAGUAUUAAUAGAAAGGUAAUGACUGUCCUGUGUAGGUGACAGUGAUAUCCAAUAGGCUAGGCACUCACGAGGCUGGCUGUGGCAAGUGUAAGUGAAAGCAACACGCACUGGCAGGAAGAACAGCAAACGCCGAUGAAGGAAAAGGGUCUUUGCAGUGAUGGGCGUUACCAGAGAGGGCGAUGGCCAGAGGACACAAAUGGGACGGGGAGGCAGCACGUUGGGGGGGGGGGACGCGACACGGCUCGGGCCCGCCAGUGCCCCAACGGGGUCCUAGUUAUUAUUAUUUUUCCUCCCCUUUGAACUGGAAAAUGGCCCACUUCCCACUGGCGAAAACUCCAGAAAUUUGGCAGGACGACCGGGCCUGGUGAAAAAUUUGAUAUUCCGAAGUCGCCCAAACAAGAAAAUGCAAAAUGGCUCCAUAGCGCCCCCUAAGGUGAAAAUUCACACUAUUGACUGUCACGCCUGUACGCUUUGUCAAAAUGACACAAAAAUUGACACACACAUGUAUCUCAAUAAGAUCUACAAAAAAGUCAGUGCGGGCGUAUCUGUCAAAUGUACGGUUAAAGGGUUAUUUCGCAUUUUUUGCCGAUCCGCACACAUUGGAAUUUCGCUAACUCCUCCGAAGGCUUUCGUUCCACCGGCACCACAUUUGCUCAGGCCAAUCUACACCCCAUGGCCAUAAAAAGUUAUUCAAAUCAUGACGCUGCACCCCACGGUUUAGGUUCUAGGGGGCGCCAAAGAUAACCCUAAGAUCCACAUAUUUAAAAGUCUUAUAACUUUUUAUUUUUGCCCUCACUGGCCUCCAAGUUUUCUAGGAUGAUGCAAUGUCCAGCCAUCAACACAUUUGUGAAGGAAUUUUUACUCCCCAAAAGAGCGCCCCCCCAUGGCAGGAGAAAAAAGUCAAUUUUUUCUUGUCCCCUAAGGUGAAAAUACACAUUGUUGAGUGUAACACCUGUACGCUUUGGCAAAAUGACACCAAAAUUGAGACACACAUGUAUCUCAAUAAGAUCUACGAAAAAGUCAAUGCGCACGUAUCUGUCAAAUGUACGGUUAAAGGGUUAUUCCGCAUUUUUUGCCGAUGCGCACACAUUGGAAUUUCGCUAACUCCUCCGAAGGCUUUCGUUCCACCGGCACCACAUUUUCUCAGGCCAAUCUACACCCCAUGGCCAUUAAAAGUUAUUCAAAUCAUGACGCUGCACCCCACGGUUUAGGUUCUAGGGGGCGCCAAAGAUAACACUAAAAUCCACAUAUUUAAAAGUCUUAUAACUUUUUAUUUUUGUCCCCACUGGCCUCCAAGUUUUCUAGGAUGAUGCAAUGUCCAGCCAUCAACACAUUUGUGAAGGAAUUUUUACUCGCCAAAAGAGCGCCCCCCCAUGGCAGGAGAAAAAAGUCCAUUUUUUCUUGUCCACUAAGGUGAAAAUACACAUUGUUGAGUGCUACGCCUGUAUGUUUUGUCAUAUUGACACAAAAUUUUACAUACACGUGUCUUUCAAUAAGAUCUUCGAAAAAGUCAAUGGCCACGUAUCUGUAAAAUGUACGGUUAAAGGGUUAUUUCGCAUUUUUUGCAGAUUCGCACACAUUGGAAUUUCGCUAACUCCUCCAAAGGCUUUCGUUCCACCGGCACCACAUUUGCUCAGGCCAAUCUUCACCCCAUGGCCAUUAAAAGUUAUUCAAAUCAUGACGCUGCACCCCACGGUUUAGGUUCUAGGGGGCGCCAAAGAAAACCCUAAAAUCCACAUAUUUAAAAGUCUUAUAACUUUUUAUUUUUGUCCUCACUGGCCUCCAUGUUUUCUAGGAUGAUGCAAUGUCCAGCCAUCAACACAUUUGUGAAGGAGUUUUUUCUCGUUAAAAGAGCGCCCCCCCAUGGCAGGAGAAUAAAGUCAAGUUUUUCCUGUUCAUCAUUCAAUGGCUCAAACGCACUGCUCUCUCGGCAAAAGCGAAAGGAGGAGCAACUUGCCAUUUGGAUAUAUCUUAGCUGUGUUUGUGCCCUCACUCAUGGUCCAGACUUUUUUCAAAUAGGACAUGGAGUUUUUCUGCAGCGAGCGUUUUGGUAGAAACUGCGCCUCCCGUUCAUUAUAAUGGUAAAUGACCACAAACAAGUGCGCACACCAUCUUUGGACCUUGAGUGUGACGCGAUCGGGUGGGGGAGGCGGUAGUGCUGGGGGCGGCGUGACACGGCUCGGGCCCGCCAGUGCCCCAACGGGGCCCUAGUUAGGGCCCGAGCGUAGCUGCUAAGCAGCUGCGAGAGCCCUCUUGUUCCUGUAGUUUCCUUCUUUUGUUAUUAGGGCCCGAGCCAGCUGCAGAGCAGCCGGGCGUAGGCCCUAUUAUUCCCCAAGUGGUUUUUCUUUGUUUCUUUCUUUCUUUCUUUCUUUCUUUCUUUCUUCUUUUUCCUCCCCUUUGAACUGGAAAAUGGCCCACUUCCCACUGGCGAAAACUCAUGAAAUUUGGCAGGACGACCGGGCCUGGUGAAAAAUUUGAUAUUCUGAAGUCGCCCAAACAAUAAAAUGCAAAAUGGCUCCAUAGCGCCCCCUAAGGUGGAAAUUCACACUAUUGACUGUCACGCCUGUACGCUUUGUCAUAUUGACACAAAAAUUGACACACAUAUGUAUCUCAAUAAGAUCUACAAAAAAGUCAGUGCGGGCGUAUCUGUCAAAUGUACGGUUAAAGGGUUAGUCCGCAUUUUUUUCCGAUCCGCACACAUUGGAAUUUCGCUAACUCCUCCGAAGGCUUUCGUUCCACCGGCACCACAUUUGCUCAGGCCAAUCUACACCCCGUGGCCAUUAAAAGUUAUCAAAAUCAUGACGCUGCACCCCAAGGUUUAGGUUCUAGGGGGCGCCAAAGAUAACACUAAAAUCCACAUAUUUAAAAGUCUUAUAACUUUUUAUUUUUGUCCUCACUGGCCUCCAAGUUUUCUAGGAUGAUGCAAUGUCCAGCCAUCAACACAUUUGUGAAGGAAUUUUUACUCCCCAAAAGAGCGCCCCCCCAUGGCAGGAGAAAAAAGUCAAUUUUUUCUUGUCCCCUAAGGUGAAAAUACACAUUGUUGAGUGUCACGCCUAUACACUUUGUCAAAAUGACACAAAAAUUGACACACACAUGUAACUCAAUAAGAUCUACGAAAAAGUCAAUGCGCGCGUAUCUGUCAAAUGUACGGUUAAAGGGUUAUUCCGCAUUUUUUGCCGAUCCGCACACAUUGGAAUGUGGCUAACUCCUCCUAAGGCUUUCGUUCCACCGGCACCACAUUUGCUCAGGACAAUCUACACCCCAUGGCCAUUAAAAGUUAUUCAAAUCAUGACGCUGCACCCCACGGUUUAGGUUCUAGGGGGCGCCAAAGAUAACCCUAAAAUCCACAUAUUUAAAAGUCUUAUAACUUUUUAUUUUUGUCCUCACUGGCCUCCAAGUUUUCUAGGAUGAUGCAAUGUCCAGCCAUCAACACAUUUGUGAAGGAAUUUUUACUCCCCAAAAGAGCGCCCCCCCAUGGCAGGAGAAAAAAGUCCAUUUUUUCUUGUCCCCUAAGGUGAAAAUACAUAUUGUUGAGAUUCACGCCUAUACGCUUUGUCAUAUUGACACAAAAUUUGACAAUCACGUGCCUUGCCUGGUAUCAUUUUUUUCAGCACAACCUCACCUGUGCGAAUUUACAGUUAUUUUAUCAUGUUGACAUACUGAAUUUACACAAUGGACCCAAAUUCACACACAAAACAUAAAAUCCGAGUGGAAAAAAGUAACAUUUUUACUGUGAAAACCACAAAUAUGUGUGAUGAACUGUUUUUAAAACUUAAACUUCAAAUAAAAAUUGUAAACUUCAAAACAUAUGCAAAUUUUUAACAAAGAACAUAGUGAUUUACCUCUAUUUUCAUCAAAAUGCAGGCAAUGGCCCAGGCGUUCUUUGUAAAAUUAUUUACAAAACACUGUAUAGUCUCACAAAUGUCACUUUUUAUUUAUGCCACUACAAAAAAACAUGAUGUAAAUGAUGCAUGAUGUAAAACAUGAUGUAAAAAACUUGUGUAGAUCCUCCUCUAUGUCAGUCCAUGUGUAAUUUUUCCAUAAUUCUUUGUUUUUUGCAGCAUUUUUGUUAGUGUAACUGCAGAUUGUGCUGACAGUGUCUAUGGCACAAAAAAAAAAAAAAUUAAAAUGCCUCAACAUGAACCCCUGGUGGUCUCUGAGGGUGAAACCUGCUAACUGCUGCAGCUCUGUCAGCUUCAGUCUCCCAUGCAGAGCUCUGAGCGCAUGUGUGGCUCUGCACCCUUAGCAGCGUUGCUAACUCCUCAGUAAGGAAAGCCUGCUUCAUGUCAGAGUCUCUAAACUCCAGAAGAAGUCGAUAAAAGUCCCUUUCUUUCUAAAAAAAAGUCGUUAGGGGGUCUGAAAAGUCAUUGAAUCUAACAACAAAGUCGCUAGGUUUGCAACUACGUGUCCCAGACUGCAUCCCUGCUGAGAGUCCCUCCCUCCCUUCUCAUGUUGCAGGAAGAACGUAAGCACCCGCCCCUUGUCAAUCAGUCACCAUAUAAUUUUGGAUUGGUUGUUGUGGUGAAGUUUUCCACCAAUAGGAGAGAUGUUGUGGUGUGUUUUUUUUUUCUUUUGGCAAGCCUUUUCCGCCUGUAAGACCUGUCGCUUAUGUCUGCAUGCUAUGUUUUCCUGUCUCAUACAGCGCGAUCGAGCGCCGAACGUGAUCAAAAUAAGCAGAAAAAAAGUAUCGCGGACAUAAUUUAUCAUAACUCUGGUUUUAUUUGGCCUAUCAACACAAUUUAAAAACUGGUAUAUAGGUUGAGGUCCUCACUUUUGAGAUAAGUUGAAACGGAGAGUCAACGAGGCUCCGUCUUGCAGCUACAUCCGGUUAAAUAUGUCAUGUGACUUGAACGCGCACACACACACACGCACACACACACACACACACACUCAGAGUCUGGUUUUUAGCACCUGCAAAAACAUGCUAUUUACAUAUUUGACAAGAAUGCAGAGGCUCCUUUUGCCCCUGAAAAAAAUCAAAUUUCAAACACAACUUGACUGGUCAUUUCUCCAAAAGACAACCAUGAAGCUCCAUCCAAACCUGAAGCAGGCAGUUGGUGCAUGUGUACAGUAACCUGAGGGGAGUGAGGUGAGUGCUUCUGAGGAGAACAUGAGCAGUGAAGAUUCACCUUGGAGCUAGAACAGAGACAUGCACAUGAUUAUACAGGGGCAGGGGCUCAAGUUUUUUCCAGUCGUUUAUACAAUAUGGAAAUUAAUGUGAAAUUAAAACACAAAGUAUUAAUAGAAAGGUAAUGACUGUCCUGUGUAGGUGACAGUGAUAUCCAAUAGGCUAGGCACUCACGAGGCUGGCUGUGGCAAGUGUAAGUGAAAGCAACACGCACUGGCAGGAAGAACAGCAAACGCCGAUGAAGGAAAAGGGUCUUUGCAGUGAUGGGCGUUAACAGAGAGGGCGAUGGCCAGAGGACACAAAUGGGACGGGGAGGCAGCACGUUGGGGGGGGGGGGGGAGACGCGAUACGGCUCGGGCCCGCCAGUGCCCCAACGGGGUCCUAGUUAUUAUUUUUCCUCCCCUUUGAACUGGAAAAUGGCCCACUUCCCACUGGCGAAAACUCAUGAAAUUUGGCAGGACGACCGGGCCUGGUGAAAAAUUUGAUAUUCCGAAGUCGCCCAAACAAGAAAAUGCAAAAUGGCUCCAUAGCGCCCCCUAAGGUGAAAAUUCACACUAUUGACUGUCACGCCUGUACGCUUUGUCAAAAUGACACAAAAAUUGACACACACAUGUAUCUCAAUAAGAUCUACAAAAAAGUCAGUGCGGGCAUAUCUGUCAAAUGUACGGUUAAAGGGUUAUUUCGCAUUUUUUGCCGAUCCGCACACAUUGGAAUUUCGCUAACUCCUCCGAAGGCUUUCGUUCCACCGGCACCACAUUUGCUCAGGCCAAUCUACACCCCAUGGCCAUUAAAAGUUAUUCAAAUCAUGACGCUGCACCCCACGGUUUAGGUUCUAGGGGGCGCCAAAGAUAACCCUAAGAUCCACAUAUUUAAAAGUCUUAUAACUUUUUAUUUUUGCCCUCACUGGCCUCCAAGUUUUCUAGGAUGAUGCAAUGUCCAGCCAUCAACACAUUUGUGAAGGAAUUUUUACUCCCCAAAAGAGCGCCCCCCCCAUGGCAGGAGAAAAAAGUCCAUUUUUUCUUGUCCCCUAAGGUGAAAAUACACAUUGUUGAGUGUAACACCUGUACGCUUUGGCAAAAUGACACAAAAAUUGACACACACAUGUAUCUCAAUAAGAUCUACGAAAAAGUCAAUGCGCGCGUAUCUGUCAAAUGUACGGUUAAAGGGUUAUUCCGCAUUUUUUGCCGAUCCGCACACAUUGGAAUUUCGCUAACUCCUCCGAAGGCUUUCGUUCCACCGGCACCACAUUUGCUCAGGCCAAUCUACACCCCAUGGCCAUUAAAAGUUAUUCAAAUCAUGACGCUGCACCCCACGGUUUAGGUUCUAGGGGGCGCCAAAGAUAACCGUAAAAUCCACAUAUUUAAAAGUCUUAUAACUUUUUAUUUUGGUCCCCACUGGCCUCCAAGUUUUCUAGGAUGAUGCAAUGUCCAGCCAUCAACACAUUUGUGAAGGAAUUUUUACUCGCCAAAAGAGCGCCCCCCCAUGGCAGGAGAAAAAAGUCCAUUUUUUCUUGUCCACUAAGGUGAAAAUACACAUUGUUGAGUGUAACACCUGUACGCUUUGGCAAAAUGACACAAAAAUUGACACACACAUGUAUCUCAAUAAGAUCUACGAAAAAGUCAAUGCGCGCGUAUCUGUCAAAUGUACGGUUAAAGGGUUAUUCCGCAUUUUUUGCCGAUCCGCACACAUUGGAAUUUCGCUAACUCCUCCGAAGGCUUUCGUUCCACCGGCACCACAUUUGCUCAGGCCAAUCUACACCCCAUGGCCAUUAAAAGUUAUUCAAAUCAUGACGCUGCAUCCCACGGUUUAGGUUCUAGGGGGCGCCAAAGAUAACCCUAAAAUCCACAUAUUUAAAAGUCUUAUAACUUUUUAUUUUUGUCCUCACUGGCCUCCAAGUUUUCUAGGAUGAUGCAAUGUCCAGCCAUCAACACAUUUGUGAAGGAAUUUUUACUCCCCAAAAGAGCGCCCCCCCAUGGCAGGAGAAAAAAGUCAAUUUUUUCUUGUCCCCUAAGGUGGAAAUUCACACUAUUGACUGUCACGCCUGUACGCUUUAUCAUAUUGACACAAAAAUUGACACACAUAUGUAUCUCAAUAAGAUCUACAAAAAAGUCAAUUCGCGCGUAUCUGUCAAAUGUACGGUUAAAGGGCUAUUUUGCAUUUUUUGCCGAUUCGCACACAUUGGAAUGUGGCUAACUCCUCCUAAGGCUUUCGUCCCACUGACACCAAAUUUGCUCAGGCCAAUCUACACCCCAUGGCCAUUCAAAGUUGUAAAAAUCAUGACGCUGCACCCCACGGUUUACGUUCUAGGGGGCGCCAAAGAUGACCCAAAAAUCCACAUUCUUAAAAGAAUCCACAUCCCCCCCUAUGGCAGGAGAAAAAGUCAAGUUUUUCCUGCCCAUCGCUCAAUGGCUCAAUCGCAUCGCUCUCCAGGCAACACCGUAAGGAGGAGCAACCUGGCAUUUCGAUAUAUCAUAGCUGUGUUUGUGCCCUCACUCAUGGUCCAGACUUUUUUCAAAUAGGACAUGAAGUUUGUCUGCAGCGAGUGUUUUGGUAGAAACUGCGCCUCCCAUUCAUUAUAAUGGGAAAUGACCACAGACAAGUGCGCACACCAUCUUUGGUUCUUGAGUGUGACUCGAUCGGGACGGGGAGGCGGUCGCACUGGGGGCGGCGCGACGCGGCUCGGGCCCGACAGUGCCCCACCGGGGCCCUAGUUCUUUCUUUCUUUCUUCUUUUUCCUCCCCUUUGAACUGGAAAAUGGCCCACUUCCCACUGGCGAAAACUCAGGAAAUUUGGCAGGACGACCGGGCCUGGUGAAAAAUUCGAUAUUCUGAAGUCGCCCAAACAAUAAAAUGCAAAAUGGCUCCAUAGCGCCCCCUAAGGUGGAAAUUCACACUAUUGACUGUCACGCCUGUACGCUUUGUCAUAUUGACACAAAAAUUGACACACAUAUGUAUCUCAAUAAGAUCUACAAAAAAGUCAGUGCGGCCGUAUCUGUCAAAUGUACGGUUAAAGGGUUAUUUCGCAUUUUUUUCCGAUCCGCACACAUUGGAAUUUCGCUAACUCCUCCGAAGGCUUUCGUUCCACCGGCACCACAUUUGCUCAGGCCAAUCUACACCCCGUGGCCAUUAAAAGUUAUCAAAAUCAUGACGCUGCACCCCAAGGUUUAGGUUCUAGGGGGCGCCAAAGAUAACACUAAAAUCCACAUAUUUAAAAGUCUUAUAACUUUUUAUUUUUGUCCUCUCUGGCCUCCAAGUUUUCUAGGAUGAUGCAAUGUCCAGCCAUCAACACAUUUGUGAAGGAAUUUUUACUCCCCAAAAGAGCGCCCCCCCACAUUGUUGAGUGUCACGCCUAUACGCUUUGUCAAAAUGACACAAAAAUUGACACACACAUGUAACUCAAUAAGAUCUACGAAAAAGUCAAUGCGCGCGUAUCUGUCAAAUGUACGGUUAAAGGGUUAUUCCGCAUUUUUUGCCGAUCCGCACACAUUGGAAUGUGGCUAACUCCUCCUAAGGCUUUCGUUCCACCGGCACCACAUUUGCUCAGGCCAAUCUACACCCCAUGGCCAUUAAAAGUUAUUUAAAUCAUGACGCUGCACCCCACGGUUUAGGUUCUAGGGGGCGCCAAAGAUAACCCUAAAAUCCACAUAUUUAAAAGUCUUAUAACUUUUUAUUUUUGUCCUCACUGGCCUCCAAGUUUUCUAGGAUGAUGCAAUGUCCAGCCAUCAACACAUUUGUGAAGGAAUUUUUACUCCCCAAAAGAGCGCCCCCCCAUGGCAGGAGAAAAAAGUCCAUUUUUUCUUGUCCCCUAAGGUGAAAAUACAUAUUGUUGAGAUUCACGCCUAUACGCUUUGUCAUAUUGACACAAAAUUUGACAAUCACGUGCCUUGCCUGGUAUCAUUUUUUUCAGCACAACCUCACCUGUGCGAAUUUACAGUUAUUUUAUCAUGUUGACAUACUGAAUUUACACAAUGGACCCAAAUUCACACACAAAACAUAAAAUCCGAGUGGAAAAAAGUAACAUUUUUACUGUGAAAACCACAAAUAUGUGUGAUGAACUGUUUUUAAAACUUAAACUUCAAAUAAAAAUUGUAAACUUCAAAACAUAUGCAAAUUUUUAACAAAGAACAUAGUGAUUUACCUCUAUUUACAUCAAAAUGCAGGCAAUGGCCCAGGCGUUCUUUGUAAAAUUAUUUACAAAACACUGUAUAGUCUCACAAAUGUCACUUUUUAUUUAUGCCACUACAAAAAAACAUGAUGUAAAUGAUGCAUGAUGUAAAACAUGAUGUAAAAAACUUGUGUAGAUCCUCCUCUAUGUCAGUCCAUGUGUAAUUUUUCCAUAAUUCUUUGUUUUUUGCAGCAUUUUUGUUAGUGUAACUGCAGAUUGUGCUGACAGUGUCUAUGGCACAAAAAAAAAAACUGAAAAUGCCUCAACAUGAACCCCUGGUGGUCUCUGAGGGUGAAACCUGCUAACUGCUGCAGCUCUGUCAGCUUCAGUCUCCCAUGCAGAGCUCUGAGCGCAUGUGUGGCUCUGCACCCUUAGCAGCGUUGCUAACUCCUCAGUAAGGAAAGCCUGCUUCAUGUCAGAGUCUCUAAACUCCAGAAGAAGUCGAUAAAAGUCCCUUUCUUUCUAAAAAAAAGUCGUUAGGGGGUCUGAAAAGUCAUUGAAUCUAACAACAAAGUCGCUAGGUUUGCAACUACGUGUCCCAGACUGCAUCCCUGCUGAGAGUCCCUCCCUCGCUUCUCAUGUUGCAGGAAGAACGUAAGCGCCCGCCCCUUGUCAAUCAGUCACCAUAUAAUUUUGGAUUGGUUUUUGUGGUGAAGUUUUCCACCAAUAGGAGAGAUGUUGUGGUGUGUUUUUUUUUUCCUUUGGCAAGCCUUUUCCGCCUGUAAGACCUGUCGCUAAUGUCUGCAUGCUAUGUUUUCCUGUCUCAUACAGCGCGAUCGAGCGCCGAACGUGAUCAAAAUAAGCAGAAAAAAAGUAUCGCGGACAUAAUUUAUCAUAACUCUGGUUUUAUUUGGCCUAUCAACACAAUUUAAAAACUGGUAUAUAGGUUGAGGUCCUCACUUUUGAGAUAAGUUGAAACGGAGAGUCAACGAGGCUCCGUCUUGCAGCUACAUCCGGUUAAAUAUGUCAUGUGACUUGAACGCACACACAGACACACACACGCACACACACACACACACACACACACACUCAGAGUCUGGUUUUUAGCACCUGCAAAAACAUGCUAUUUACAUAUUUGACAAGAAUGCAGAGGCUCCUUUUGCCCCUGAAAAAAAUCAAAUUUCAAACACAACUUGACUGCUCAUUUCUCCAAAAGACAACCAUGAAGCUCCAUCCAAACCUGAAGCAGGCAGUUGGUGCAUGUGUACAGUAACCUGAGGGGAGUGAGGUGAGUGCUUCUGAGGAGAACAUGAGCAGUGAAGAUUCACCUUGGAGCUAGAACAGAGACAUGCACAUGAUUAUACAGGGGCAGGGGCUCAAGUUUUUUCCAGUCGUUUAUACAAUAUGGAAAUUAAUGUGAAAUUAAAACACAAAGUAUUAAUAGAAAGGUAAUGACUGUCCUGUGUAGGUGACAGUGAUAUCCAAUAGGCUAGGCACUCACGAGGCUGGCUGUGGCAAGUGUAAGUGAAAGCAACACGCACUGGCAGGAAGAACAGCAAACGCCGAUGAAGGAAAAGGGUCUUUGCAGUGAUGGGCGUUACCAGAGAGGGCGAUGGCCAGAGGACACAAAUGCGACGGGGAGGCAGCACGUUGGGGGGGGGGACGCGACACGGCUCGGGCCCGCCAGUGCCCCAACGGGGUCCUAGUUAGGGCCCGAGCGUAGCUGCUAAGCAGCUGCGAGAGCCCUCUUGUUCCUGAUGGAUUCUUCUUUUGUUAUUAUUAUUAUUUUUCCUCCGCUUUAAACUGGAAAAUGGCCCACUUCCCACUGGCGAAAACUCAUGAAAAUUGGCAGGACGACCGGGCCUGGUGAAAAAUUCGAUAUUCUGAAGUCGCCCAAACAAGAAAAUGCAAAAUGGCUCAAUAGCGCCCCCAAAGGUGAAAAUUCACACUAUUGACUGUCACGCCUGUACGCUUUGUCAUAUUGACACAAAAAUUGACACACACAUGUAUCUCAAUAAGAUCUACAAAAAAGUCAGUGCGGGCGUAUCUGUCAAAUGUACGGUUAAAGGGUUAUUUCGCAUUUUUUGCCGUUCCGCACACAUUGGAAUUUCGCUAACUCCUCCGAAGGCUUUCGUUCCACCGGCACUACAUUUGCUCAGGCCAAUCUACACCCCAUGGCCAUUGAAAGUUGUACAGAUCAUGACGCUGCACCCCACGGUUUACGUUCUAGGGGGCGCCAAAGAUAACCCACAAAUCCACAUUCUUAAAAAUCUUAUAACUUUUUAUUUUUGUCCUCAUUGGCCUCCAAGUUUUCUAGGAUGAUGCAAUGUCCAGCCAUCAACACAUUUGUGAAGGAAUUUUUACUCCCCAAAACAGCGCCCCCCCCCAUGGCAGGACAAAAAAGGCCAUUUUUUCUUGUCCCCUAAGGUGAAAAUACACAUUGUUCAGUGUCACGCCUAUACGCUUUGUCAUAUUGACACAAAAUUUGACACACACAUGUAUCGCAAUAAGAUCUACGAAAAAGUCAAUAGGCACAUAUCUGUAAAAUGUACGGUUAAAGGGCUAUCUUGCAUUUUUUGCCGAUUCGCACACAUUGGAAUGUGGCUAACUCCUCCUAAGGCUUUCGUUCUACUGACACCACAUUUGCUCAGGCCAAUCUACACCCCAUGGCCAUUCAAAGUUGUACAAAUAAUGACGCUGCACCCCACGGUUUAGGUUCUAGGGGGCGCCAAAGAUGACCCAAAUAUCCACAUUUUUAAAAGUCUUAUAACUUUUUAUUUUUGUCCUCACUGGCCUCCAAGUUUUCUAGGAUGAUGCAAUGUGCAGCCAUCAACACAUCUGUGAAGGAAUUUUUUCUCCCCAAAAGAGCGCCCCCCCCCCCCCCCCCAUGGCAGGAGAAAAAGUCAAGUUUUUCCAGCCCAUCGCUUAAUGGCUCAAACGCAUUGCUCUCCCGCUAAAACCAAAAGGAGGAGCAACUUGCCAUUUGGAUAUGUCCUAGCUGUGUUUGUGCCCUCACUCAUGGUCCAGAGUUUUUUCAAAUAGGACAUGUAGUUUGUCUGCAGCGAGCGUUUUGGUAGAAACUGUGCCUCCCAUUCAUUAUAAUGGGAAAUGACCAAAGACAGGUGCGCACACCAUCUUUGGACCUUGACUUUGACGUCACAGUUUGAGAUACAAAUGUUAUUUGACCUCUGACCUUUGGUGGACACCCUAACCUUUCAACCCGCGAAAACGGCGUUUCAAUAGCUCUUACGGCUUUCCUACAAAUACACUUUGUUCAGCUACUCCUACUGUCCUUUAAGCUCUGCUUCUCAGAUCAUCAAAGAGUGUGCACGUGUGUAAUGAGCGCAUAUUGAAUGUUAAUUAUGUUAAAUAUGUUAAUUAUUAGAAGAAAAAACAACAACAGUCCUUUUGGACAAAAUUUCUUUUUAUUACAGAAUUAGAAUAAUGGAAGCAUAGUCCAAGGAAACCAUUCAAGUGAUGUCAUACCUCAUAAUUUAUUGAGAUGUUGGCUAGUCUGGGCAUUUCUUCAUUCAUCAGGUUUCCUGCAUGCAUACUAACAGAGCACAUCAGUAGCAGUGAGUGAUAAGUAUGAGUGUGUCAUUGUGUAAGAAAGAAAGUGGUUUACUUACACAUCCAUAGAAAAUAGGUGGUUGAGCACAGCACGCAAACAAAGCUUUGCCACAACGGUUGAACUUCCCAAGUAGCUGAUACCAAGGUCACACAAUCAUGGUGAGCAAAGGUCAAACCAGGCCAGGCACUCACGAGGCUGGCUGUUGCAAGUGUAAGUGAAAGCAACACGCAAUGGCAGGAAGAACAGCAAACACCGAUGAAGGAAAAGGGUCUUUGCAGUGAUGGGCGUCACCAGAGAGGGCGAUGGCCAGAGGGCACGAAUGGGACGGGGAGGCGGUCGCGCUGGGGGCGGCACGACGCGGCUCGGGCCCGCCAGUGCCCCAACGGGGCCCUAGUUAUUAUUAGGGCCCGAGCCAGCUGCAGAGCAGCCGGGCGUAGGCCCUAUUAUUCCCCAAGUGGUUUUUCUUUGUUUCUUUCUUUCUUUCUUUCUUCUUUUUCCUCCCCUUUGAACUGGAAAAUGGCCCACUUCCCACUGGCGAAAACUCAUGAAAUUUGGCAGGACGACCGGGCCUGGUGAAAAAUUUGAUAUUCUGAAGUCGCCCAAACAAUAAAAUGCAAAAUGGCUCCAUAGCGCCCCCUAAGGUGGAAAUUCACACUAUUGACUGUCACGCCUGUACGCUUUGUCAUAUUGACACAAAAAUUGACACACAUAUGUAUCUCAAUAAGAUCUACAAAAAAGUCAGUGCGGGCGUAUCUGUCAAAAUUACGGUUAAAGGGUUAUUUCGCAUUUUUUGCCGAUCCGCACACAUUGGAAUUUCGCUAACUCCUCCGAAGGCUUUCGUUCCACCGGCACCACAUUUGCUCAGGCCAAUCUACACCCCGUGGCCAUUAAAAGUUAUCAAAAUCAUGACGCUGCACCCCAAGGUUUAGGUUCUAGGGGGCGCCAAAGAUAACACUAAAAUCCACAUAUUUAAAAGUCUUAUAACUUUUUAUUUUUGUCCUCACUGGCCUCCAAGUUUUCUAGGAUGAUGCAAUGUCCAGCCAUCAACACAUUUGUGAAGGAAUUUUUACUCCCCAAAAGAGCGCCCCCCCAUGGCAGGAGAAAAAAGUCCAUUUUUUCUUGUCCCCUAAGGUGAAAAAAAACAUUGUUGAGUGUCACGCCUAUACGCUUUGUCAAAAUGACACAAAAAUUGACACACACAUGUAACUCAAUAAGAUCUACGAAAAAGUCAAUGCCCGCGUAUCUGUCAAAUGUACGGUUAAAGGGUUAUUCCGCAUUUUUUGCCGAUCCGCACACAUUGGAAUGUGGCUAACUCCUCCUAAGGCUUUCGUUCCACCGGCACCACAUUUGCUCAGGCCAAUCUACACCCCAUGGCCAUUAAAAGUUAUUCAAAUCAUGACGCUGCACCCCACGGUUUAGGUUCUAGGGGGCGCCAAAGAUAACCCUAAAAUCCACAUAUUUAAAAGUCUUAUAACUUUUUAUUUUUGUCCUCACUGGCCUCCAAGUUUUCUAGGAUGAUGCAAUGUCCAGCCAUCAACACAUUUGUGAAGGAAUUUUUACUCCCCAAAAGAGCGCCCCCCAUGGCAGGAGAAAAAAGUCCAUUUUUUCUUGUCCCCUAAGGUGAAAAUACAUAUUGUUGAGAUUCACGCCUAUACGCUUUGUCAUAUUGACACAAAAUUUGACAAUCACGUGCCUUGCCUGGUAUCAUUUUUUUCAGCACAACCUCACCUGUGCGAAUUUACAGUUAUUUUAUCAUGUUGACAUACUGAAUUUACACAAUGGACCCAAAUUCACACACAAAACAUAAAAUCCGAGUGGAAAAAAGUAACAUUUUUACUGUGAAAACCACAAAUAUGUGUGAUGAACUGUUUUUAAAACUUAAACUUCAAAUAAAAAUUGUAAACUUCAAAACAUAUGCAAAUUUUUAACAAAGAACAUAGUGAUUUACCUCUAUUUUCAUCAAAAUGCAGGCAAUGGCCCAGGCGUUCUUUGUAAAUUAUUUACAAAACACUGUAUAGUCUCACAAAUGUCACUUUUUAUUUAUGCCACUACAAAAAAACAUGAUGUAAAUGAUGCAUGAUGUAAAACAUGAUGUAAAAAACUUGUGUAGAUCCUCCUCUAUGUCAGUCCAUGUGUAAUUUUUCCAUAAUUCUUUGUUUUUUGCAGCAUUUUUGUUAGUGUAACUGCAGAUUGUGCUGACAGUGUCUAUGGCACAAAAAAAAAAAAAAUUAAAAUGCCUCAACAUGAACCCCUGGUGGUCUCUGAGGGUGAAACCUGCUAACUGCUGCAGCUCUGUCAGCUUCAGUCUCCCAUGCAGAGCUCUGAGCGCAUGUGUGGCUCUGCAUCCUUAGCAGCGUUGCUAACUCCUCAGUAAGGAAAGCCUGCUUCAUGUCAGAGUCUCUAAACUCCAGAAGAAGUCGAUAAAAGUCCCUUUCUUUCUAAAAAAAAAGUUGUUAGGGGGUCUGAAAAGUCAUUGAAUCUAACAACAAAGUCGCUAGGUUUGCAACUACGUGUCCCAGACUGCAUCCCUGCUGAGAGUCCCUCCCUCCCUUCUCAUGUUGCAGGAAGAACGUAAGCACCCGCCCCUUGUCAAUCAGUCACCAUAUAAUUUUGGAUUGGUUGUUGUGGUGAAGUUUUCCACCAAUAGGAGAGAUGUUGUGGUGUGUUUUUUUUUUCUUUUGGCAAGCCUUUUCCGCCUGUAAGACCUGUCGCUAAUGUCUGCAUGCUAUGUUUUCCUGUCUCAUACAGCGCGAUCGAGCGCCGAACGUGAUCAAAAUAAGCAGAAAAAAAGUAUCGCGGACAUAAUUUAUCAUAACUCUGGUUUUAUUUGGCCUAUCAACACAAUUUAAAAACUGGUAUAUAGGUUGAGGUCCUCACUUUUGAGAUAAGUUGAAACGGAGAGUCAACGAGGCUCCGUCUUGCAGCUACAUCCGGUUAAAUAUGUCAUGUGACUUGAACGCACACACACACACGCACACACACACAGACACACGCACACACACACACACACUCAGAGUCUGGUUUUUAGCACCUGCAAAAACAUGCUAUUUACAUAUUUGACAAGAAUGCAGAGGCUCCUUUUGCCCCUGAAAAAAAUCAAAUUUCAAACACAACUUGACUGCUCAUUUCUCCAAAAGACAACCAUGAAGCUCCAUCCAAACCUGAAGCAGGCAGUUGGUGCAUGUGUACAGUAACCUGAGGGGAGUGAGGUGACUGCUUCUGAGGAGAACAUGAGCAGUGAAGAUUCACCUUAGAGCUAGAACAGAGACGUGCACAUGAUUAUACAGGGGCAGGGGCUCAAGUUUUUUCCAGUUGUUUAUACAAUAUGGAAAUUAAUGUGAAAUUAAAAAACAAAGUAUUAAUAGAAAGGUAAUGACUGUCCUGUGUAGGUGACAGUGAUAUCCAAUAGGCUAGGCACUCACGAGGCUGGCUGUGGCAAGUGUAAGUGAAAGCAACACGCACUGGCAGGAAGAACAGCAAACGCCGAUGAAGGAAAAGGGUCUUUGCAGUGAUGGGCGUUACCAGAGAGGGCGAUGGCCAGAGGACACAAAUGGGACGGGGAGGCAGCGCGUUGGGGGGGGGGACGCGACACAGCUCGGGCCCGCCAGUGCCCCAACGGGGUCCUAGUUAGGGCCCGAGCGUAGCUGCUAAGCAGCUGCGAGAGCCCUCUUGUUCCUGUAGUUUCCUUCUUUUGUUAUUAGGGCCCGAGCCAGCUGCAGAGCAGCCGGGCGUAGGCCCUAUUAUUCCCCAAGUGGUUUUUCUUUGUUUCUUUCUUUCUUUUUUCUUUUUCCUCCCCUUUGAACUGGAAAAUGGCCCACUUCCCACUGGCGAAAACUCAUGAAAUUUGGCAGGACGACCAGGCCUGGUGAAAAAUUCGAUAUUCUGAAGUCGCCCAAACAAUAAAAUGCAAAAUGGCUCCAUAGCGCCCCCUAAGGUGGAAAUUCACACUAUUGACUGUCACGCCUGUACGCUUUGUCAUAUUGACACAAAAAUUGACACACAUAUGUAUCUCAAUACGAUCUACAAAAAAGUCAGUGCGGCCGUAUCUGUCAAAAUUACGGUUAAAGGGUUAUUUCGCAUUUUUUGCCGAUCCGCACACAUUGGAAUUUCGCUAACUCCUCCGAAGGCUUUCGUUCCACCGGCACCACAUUUGCUCAGGCCAAUCUACACCCCGUGGCCAUUAAAAGUUAUCAAAAUCAUGACGCUGCACCCCUCGGUUUACGUUCUAGGGGGCGCCAAAGAUAACACUAAAAUCCACAUAUUUAAAAGUCUUAUAACUUUUUAUUUUUGUCCUCACUGGCCUCCAAGUUUUCUAGGAUGAUGCAAUGUCCAGCCAUCAACACAUUUGUGAAGGAAUUUUUACUCCCCAAAAGAGCGCCCCCCCAUGGCAGGAGAAAAAAGUCCAUUUUUUCUUGUCCCCUAAGGUGAAAAUACACAUUGUUGAGUGUCACGCCUAUACGCUUUGUCAAAAUGACACAAAAAUUGACACACACAUGUAACUCAAUAAGAUCUACGAAAAAGUCAAUGCGCGCGUAUCUGUCAAAUGUACGGUUAAAGGGUUAUUCCGCAUUUUUUGCCGAUCCGCACACAUUGGAAUGUGGCUAACUCCUCCGAAGGCUUUCGUUCCACCGGCACCACAUUUGCUCAGGCCAAUCUACACCCCAUGGCCAUUAAAAGUUAUUCAAAUCAUGACGCUGCACACCACGGUUUAGGUUCUAGGGGGCACCAAACAUAACCCUAAAAUCCACAUAUUUAAAAGUCUUAUAACUUUUUAUUUUUGUCCUCACUGGCCUCCAAGUUUUCUAGGAUGAUGCAAUGUCCAGCCAUCAACACAUUUGUGAAGGAAUUUUUACUCCCCAAAAGAGCGCCCCCCCAUGGCAGGAGAAAAAAGUCAAUUUUUUCUUGUCCCCUAAGGUGAAAAUACACAUUGUUGAGUGUAACACCUGUACGCUUUGGCAAAAUGACACAAAAAUUGACACACACAUGUAUCUCAAUAAGAUCUACGAAAAAGUCAAUGCGCGCGUAUCUGUCAAAUGUACGGUUAAAGGGUUAUUCCGCAUUUUUUGCCGAUCCGCACACAUUGGAAUUUCGCUAACUCCUCCGAAGGCUUUCGUUCCACCGGCACCACAUUUGCUCAGGCCUAUCUACACCCCAUGGCCAUUAAAAGUUAUUCAAAUCAUGACGCUGCACCCCACGGUUUAGGUUCUAGGGGGAGCCAAAGAUAACCGUAAAAUCCACAUAUUUAAAAGUCUUAUAACUUUUUAUUUUUGUCCCCACUGGCCUCCAAGUUUUCUAGGAUGAUGCAAUGUCCAGCCAUCAACACAUUUGUGAAGGAAUUUUUACUCGCCAAAAGAGCGCCCCCCAUGGCAGGAGAAAAAAGUCCAUUUUUUCUUGUCCACUAAGGUGAAAAUACACAUUGUUGAGUGCUACGCCUGUAUGUUUUGUCGUAUUGACACAAAAUUUUACAUACACGUGUAUUUCAAUAAGAUCUUCGAAAAAGUCAAUGGCCACGUAUCUGUAAAAUGUACGGUUAAAGGGUUAUUUCGCAUUUUUUGCAGAUUCGCACACAUUGGAAUUUCGCUAUUUCCUCCGAAGGCUUUCGUUCCACCGGCACCACAUUUGCUCAGGCCAAUCUACACCCUAUGGCCAUUAAAAGUUAUUCAAAUCAUGACGCUGCACCCCACGGUUUAGGUUCUAGGGGGCGCCAAAUAUAACCCUAAAAUCCACAUAUUUAAAAGUCUUAUAACUUUUUAUUUUUGUCCUCACUGGCCUCCAUGUUUUCUAGGAUGAUGCAAUGUCCAGCCAUCAACACAUUUGUGAAGGAGUUUUUUCUCUUUAAAAGAGCGCCCCCCAUGGCAGGAGAAUAAAGUCAAGUUUUUCCUGUUCAUCAUUCAAUGGCUCAAACGCACUGCUCUCUCGGCAAAAGCGAAAGGAGGAGCAACUUGCCAUUUGGAUAUAUCUUAGCUGUGUUUGUGCCCUCACUCAUGGUCCAGACUUUUUUCAAAUAGGACAUGGAGUUUUUCUGCAGCGAGCGUUUUGGUAGAAACUGCGCCUCCCGUUCAUUAUAAUGGUAAAUGACCACAAACAAAUGCGCACACCAUCUUUGGACCUUGAGUGUGACGCGAUCGGGUGGGGGAGGCGGUCGCGCUGGGGGCGGCGUGACACGGCUCGGGCCCGCCAGUGCCCCAACGGGGCCCUAGUUAUUAUUUUUCCUCCCCUUUGAACUGGAAAAUGGCCCACUUCCCACUGGCGAAAACUCAUGAAAUUUGGCAGGACGACCGGGCCUGGUGAAAAAUUUGAUAUUCCGAAGUCGCCCAAACAAGAAAAUGCAAAAUGGCUCCAUAGCGCCCCCUAAGGUGAAAAUUCACACUAUUCACUGUCACGCCUGUACGCUUUGUCAAAAUGACACAAAAAUUGACACACACAUGUAUCUCAAUAAGAUCUACAAAAAAGUCAGUGCGGGCGUAUCUGUCAAAUGUACGGUUAAAGGGUUAUUUCGCAUUUUUUGCCGAUCCGCACACAUUGGAAUUUCGCUAACUCCUCCGAAGGCUUUCGUUCCACCGGCACCACAUUUGCUCAGGCCAAUCUACACCCCAUGGCCAUUAAAAGUUAUUCAAAUCAUGACGCUGCACCCCACGGUUUAGGUUCUAGGGGGCGCCAAAGAUAACCCUAAGAUCCACAUAUUUAAAAGUCUUAUAACUUUUUAUUUUUGCCCUCACUGGCCUCCAAGUUUUCUAGGAUGAUGCAAUGUCCAGCCAUCAACACAUUUGUGAAGGAAUUUUUACUCCCCAAAAGAGCGCCCCCCCAUGGCAGGAGAAAAAAGUCCAUUUUUUCUUGUCCCCUAAGGUGAAAAUACACAUUGUUGAGUGUAACACCUGUACGCUUUGGCAAAAUGACACAAAAAUUGACACACACAUGUAUCUCAAUAAGAUCUACGAAAAAGUCAAUGCGCGCGUAUCUGUCAAAUGUACGGUUAAAGGGUUAUUCCGCAUUUUUUGCCGAUCCGCACACAUUGGAAUUUCGCUAACUCCUCCGAAGGCUUUCGUUCCACCGGCACCACAUUUGCUCAGGCCAAUCUACACCCCAUGGCCAUUAAAAGUUAUUCAAAUCAUGACGCUGCACCCCACGGUUUAGGUUCUAGGGGGCGCCAAAGAUAACCCUAAAAUCCACAUAUUUCAAAGUCUUAUAACUUUUUAUUUUUGUCCUCACUGGCCUCCAAGUUUUCUAGGAUGAUGCAAUGUCCAGCCAUCAACACAUUUGUGAAGGAAUUUUUACUCCCCAAAAGAGCGCCCCCCCAUGGCAGGAGAAAAAAGUCCAUUUUUUCUUGUCCCAUAAGGUGAAAAAACACAUUGUUGACUGUCAUACCUGUACGCUUUGUCAUAUUGACACAAAAUUUGACAAUCACAUGUAUCUCAAUAAGAUCUACGAAAAAGUCAAUGCGCGCGUAUCUGUAAAAUGUACGGUUAAAGGGCUAUUUUGCAUUUUUUGCCGAUUCGCACACAUUGGAAUGUGGCUAACUCCUCCUAAGGCUUUCGUCCCACUGACACCAAAUUUGCUCAGGCCAAUCUACACCCCAUGGCCAUUCAAAGUUGUAAAAAUCAUGACGCUGCACCCCACGGUUUACGUUCUAGGGGGCGCCAAAGAUGACCCAAAUAUCCACAUUCUUAAAAGAAUCCAAUCCCCCCCCCCCCCCCAUCCCUCAACCCCCAACCCCCAUGGCAGGAGAAACAGUCAAGUUUUUCCUGCCCAUCACUCAAUGGCUCAAUUGCAUCACUCUCCCGGCAACACCGUAACGAGGAGCAACCUGCCAUUUGGAUAUAUCCUAGCUGUGUUUGUGCCCUCACUCAUGGUCCAGACUUUUUUCAAAUAGGACAUGAAGUUUGUCUGCAGCGAGUGUUUUGGUAGAAACUGCGCCUCCCAUUCAUUAUAAUGGGAAAUGACCACAGACAAGUGCGCACACCAUCUUUGGACCUUGAGUGUGACGCGAUCGGGAGGGGGAGGCGGUCGCGCUGGGGGCGGCGCGAUGCGGCUCGGGCCCGACAGUGCCCCACCGGGGUCCUAGUUAGGGCCCGAGCCAGCUGCAGAGCAGCCGGGCGUAGGCCCUAUUAUUCCCCAAGUGGUUUUUCUUUGUUUCUUUCUUUAGGGCCCGAGCCAGCUGCAGAGCAGCCGGGCGUAGGCCCUAUUAUUCCCCAAGUGGUUUUUCUUUGUUUCUUUCUUUCUUUUUUCUUUUUCCUCCCCUUUGAACUGGAAAAUGGCCCACUUCCCACUGGCGAAAACUCAUGAAAUUUGGCAGGACGACCGGGCCUGGUGAAAAAUUCGAUAUUCUGAAGUCGCCAAAACAAUAAAAUGCAAAAUGGCUCCAUAGCGCCCCCUAAGGUGGAAAUUCAAACUAUUGACUGUCACGCCUGUACGCUUUGUCAUAUUGACACAAAAAUUGACACACACAUGUAUCUCAAUAAGAUCUACAAAAAAGUCAGUGCGGCCGUAUCUGUCAAAAUUACGGUUAAAGGGUUAUUUCGCAUUUUUUGCCGAUCCGCACACAUUGGAAUUUCGCUAACUCCUCCGAAGGCUUUCGUUCCACCGGCACCACAUUUGCUCAGGCCAAUCUACACCCCAUGGCCAUUAAAAGUUAUCAAAAUCAUGACGCUGCACCCCAAGGUUUAGGUUCUAGGGGGCGCCAAAGAUAACACUAAAAUCCACAUAUUUAAAAGUCUUAUAACUUUUUAUUUUUGUCCUCACUGGCCUCCAAGUUUUCUAGGAUGAUGCAAUGUCCAGCCAUCAACACAUUUGUGAAGGAAUUUUUACUCCCCAAAAGAGCGCCCCCCCAUGGCAGGAGAAAAAAGUCCAUUUUUUCUUGUCCCCUAAGGUGAAAAUACACAUUGUUGAGUGUCACGCCUAUACGCUUUGUCAAAAUGACACAAAAAUUGACACACACAUGUAACUCAAUAAGAUCUACAAAAAAGUCCAUGCGCGCGUAUCUGUCAAAUGUACAGUUAAAGGGUUAUUCCGCAUUUUUUGGCGAUCCGCACACAUUGGAAUUUCGCUAACUCCUCCGAAGGCUUUCGUUCCACCGGCACCACAUUUGCUCAGGCCAAUCUACACCCCAUGGCCAUUAAAAGUUAUUCAAAUCAUGAUGCUGCACCCCAUGGUUUAGGUUCUAGGGGGCGCCAAAAAUAACCAAAAAAUCUACAUUCUUAAAUGUUUUAUAACUUUUUAUUUUUGUCCUCACUGGCCUCCAAGUUUUCUAGGAUGAUGCAAUGUCCAGCCAUCAACACAUUUGUUAAGGAAUUUUUACUCCCCAAAAGAGCGCCCCCCCAUGGUAGGAGAAAAAAGUCAAUUUUUUCUUGUCCCCUUACAUAAAAAUACACAUUGUUGAGUGUCAUGCCUGAACGCUUUGUCAUAUUGACACAAAAAUUGACAAUCAUGUGUAUCUCAAUUAGAUCUACGAAAAAGUCAAAGAGCGCGUAUCUGUAUAAUGUACGGUUAAAGGGCUAUUUUGCAUUUUUUGCCGAUUCGCACACAUUGGAAUGUGGCUAUCUCCUCCUAAGGCUUUCGUCCCACCGAUACCAAAUUUGCUCAGGGCAAUCUACACCCCAUGCCCAUUCAAAGUUGUAAAAAUCAUGACGCUGCACCCCACGGUUUACGUUCUAGGGGGCGCCAAAGAUGACCCAAAAAUCCACAUUCUUAAAAGUCAUUUUGGCCACUGCAGGAGUACAGAGUACUGCAGUUCUAGGGGGCGCCAAAGAUGACCCAAAAAUCCACAUUCUUAAAAGUCUUUUUGGCCACUGCAGGAGUACAGAGUACUGCAGGAUACACACACAUAUACACACACGCCAACAUACACACACACACACACACACACACACACACAGACACACACACACACACACUCAGAGUCUGUUUUUUAGCACCUGCAAAAACAUGCUGUUUACAUAUUUGACAAGAAUGCAGAGGCUUCCUUUUGCCCCUGAAAAAAAUCAAAUUUCAAACACAACUUGACUGUUCAUUUCUCCAAAAGACAACCAUGAAGCUCCAUUUCAAACCUGAAGCAGAUAGUUGGUGCAUGUGUACAGUAACCUGAGGGGAGUGAGGUGACUAUUUCUGAGGAGAACAUGAGCAGUGAAGAUUAACCUUGGAGCUAGAACAGGGACGUGCACAUGAUUAUACAGGGGCAGGGGCUCAAGUUUUUUCCAGUCAUUUAUACAAUAUGGAAAUUAAUGUGAAAUUAAACCACAAAUAUGUGUGAUGAACUGUUUUUAAAACUUAAACUUCAAAUAAAAAUUGUAAACUUCAAAACAUAUGCAAAUUUUUAACAAAGAACAUAGUAAUUUACCUCUAUUUACAUCAAAAUGCAGGCAAUGGCCCAGGCGUUCUUUGUAAAAUUAUUUACAAAACACUGUAUAGUCUCACAAAUGUCACUUUUUAUUUAUGCCACUACAAAAAAACAUGAUGUAAAUGAUGCAUGAUGUAAAACAUGAUGUAAAAAACUUGUGUAGAUCCUCCUCUAUGUCAGUCCAUGUGUAAUUUUUCCAUAAUUCUUUGUUUUUUGCAGCAUUUUUGUUAGUGUAACUGCAGAUUGUGCUGACAGUGUCUAUGGCACAAAAAAAAAAAAAAAAUUAAAAUGCCUCAACAUGAACCCCUGGUGGUCUCUGAGGGUGAAACCUGCUAACUGCUGCAGCUCUGUCAGCUUCAGUCUCCCAUGCAGAGCUCUGAGCGCAUGUGUGGCUCUGCACCCUUAGCAGCGUUGCUAACUCCUCAGUAAGGAAAGCCUGCUUCAUGUCAGAGUCUCUAAACUCCAGAAGAAGUCGAUAAAAGUCCCUUUCUUUCUAAAAAAAAGUCGUUAGGGGGUCUGACAACAAAGUCGCUAGGUUUGCAACUACGUGUCCCAGACUGCAUCCCUGCUGAGAGUCCCUCCCUCCCUUCUCAUGUUGCAGGAAGAACGUAAGCGCCCGCCCCUUGUCAAUCAGUCACCAUAUAAUUUUGGAUUGGUUGUUGUGGUGAAGUUUUCCACCAAUAGGAGAGAUGUUGUGGUGUGUUUUUUUUUUCCUUUGGCAAGCCUUUUCCGCCUGUAAGACCUGUCGCUAAUGUCUGCAUGCUAUGUUUUCCUGUCUCAUACAGCGCGAUCGAGCGCCGAACAUGAUCAAAAUAAGCAGAAAAAAAGUAUCGCGGACAUAAUUUAUCAUAACUCUGGUUUUAUUUGGCCUAUCAACACAAUUUAAAAACUGGUAUAUAGGUUGAGGUCCUCACUUUUGAGAUGAGUUGAAACGGAGAGUCAACGAGGCUCCGUCUUGCAGCUACAUCCGGUUAAAUAUGUCAUGUGAUUUGAACGCACACAUAGACACACACACACGCACACACACACACACACACACACACACACACACACACACACACACACACACACACACUCAGAGUCUGGUUUUUAGCACCUGCAAAAACAUGCUAUUUACAUAUUUGACAAGAAUGCAGAGGCUCCUUUUGCCCCUGAAAAAAAUCAAAUUUCAAACACAACUUGACUGGUCAUUUCUCCAAAAGACAACCAUGAAGCUCCAUCCAAACCUGAAGCAGGCAGUUGGUGCAUGUGUACAGUAACCUGAGGGGAGUGAGGUGAGUGCUUCUGAGGAGAACAUGAGCAGUGAAGAUUCACCUUGGAGCUAGGACAGAGACAUGCACAUGAUUAUACAGGGGCAGGGGCUCAAGUUUUUUCCAGUCGUUUAUACAAUAUGGAAAUUAAUGUGAAAUUAAAACACAAAGUAUUAAUAGAAAGGUAAUGACUGUCCUGUGUAGGUGACAGUGAUAUCCAAUAGGCUAGGCACUCACGAGGCUGGCUGUGGCAAGUGUAAGUGAAAGCAACACGCACUGGCAGGAAGAACAGCAAACGCCGAUGAAGGAAAAGGGUCUUUGCAGUGAUGGGCGUUACCAGAGAGGGCGAUGGCCAGAGGACACAAAUGGGACGGGGAGGCAGCGCGUUGGGGGGGGGACGCGACACAGCUCGGGCCCGCCAGUGCCCCAACGGGGUCCUAGUUAGGGCCCGAGCGUAGCUGCUAAGCAGCUGCGAGAGCCCUCUUGUUCCUGUAGUUUCCUUCUUUUGUUAUUAUUAUUAUUUUUCCUCCCCUUUGAACUGGAAAAUGGCCCACUUCCCACUGGCGAAAACUCAUGAUAUUUGGCAGGACGACCGGGCCUGGUGAAAAAUUUGAUUUUCUGAAGUCGCCCAAACAAGAAAAUGCAAAAUGGCUCCAUAGCGCCCCCUAAGGUGAAAAUUCACACUAUUGACUGUCACGCCUGUACGCUUUGUCAAAAUGACACAAAAAUUGACACACACAUGUAUCUCAAUAAGAUCUACAAAAAAGUCAGUGCGGGCGUAUCUGUCAAAUGUACGGUUAAAGGGUUAUUUCGCAUUUUUUGCCGAUCCGCACACAUUGGAAUUUCGCUAACUCCUCCGAAGGCUUUCGUUCCACCGGCACCACAUUUGCUCAGGCCAAUCUACACCCCAUGGCCAUUAAAAGUUAUUCAAAUUGAGACGCUGCACCCCACGGUUUAGGUUCUAGGGGGCGCCAAAGAUAACCCUAAAAUCCACAUAUUUAAAAGUCUUAUAACUUUUUAUUUUUGUCCUCACUGGCCUCCAAGUUUUCUAGGAUGAUGCAAUGUCCAGCCAUCAACACAUCUGUGAAGGAAUUUUUACUCCCCAAAAGAGCGCCCCCCCAUGGCAGGAGAAAAAAGUCCAUUUUUUCUUGACCCCUAAGGUGAAAAUACACAUUGUUGAGUGUCAUGCCUGUACGCUUUGGCAAAAUGACACAAAAAUUGACACACACGUGUAUCUCAAUAAGAUCUACGAAAAAGUCAAUGCGCGCGUACCUGUCAAAUGUACGGUUAAAGGGUUAUUCCGCAUUUUUUGCCGAUCCGCACACAUUGGAAUUUCGCUAACUCCUCCGAAGGCUUUCGUUCCACCGGCACCACAUUUGCUCAGGCCAAUCUACACCCCAUGGCCAUUAAAAGUUAUUCAAAUCAUGACGCUGCACCCCACGGUUUACGUUCUAGGGGGCGCCAAAGAUAACCCUAAAAUCCACAUAUUUCAAAGUCUUAUAACUUUUUAUUUUUGUCCUCACUGGCCUCCAAGUUUUCUAGGAUGAUGCAAUGUCCAGCCAUCAACACAUUUGUGAAGGAAUUUUUACUCCCCAAAAGAGCGCCCCCCCAUGGCAGGAGAAAAAAGUCAAUUUUUUCUUGUCCCGUAAGGUGAAAAUUCACAUUGUUGAGUGUGACACCUGUACGCUUUGUCAUAUUGACACAAAAUUUGACAAUCACGUGUAUCUCAAUAAGAUCUACGAAAAAGUCAAUGCACGCGUAUCUGUCAAAUAUAUGGUUAGAGGGCUAUUUUGCAUUUUUUGCCGAUUCGCACACAUUGGAAUGUGGCUAACUCCUCCUAAGGCUUUCGUCCCACUGAAACCAAAUUUGCUCAGGCCAAUCUACACCCCAUGGCCAUUCAAAGUUGUAAAAAUCAUGACGCUGCACCCCACGGUUUACGUUCUAGGGGGCGCCAAAGAUGACCCAAAAAUCCACAUUAUUAAAAGAAUCCACAUUCCCCCCCCCCCCCCCAUGGCACGAGAAAAAGUCAAGUUUUUCCUGCCCAUCGCUCAAUGGCUCAAUCGCAUCGCUCUCCAGGCAAAACCGUAAGGAGGAGCAACCUGCCAUUUGGAUAUAUAUCCCAGCUGUGUUUGUGCCCUCACUCAUGGUCCACACUUUUUUCAAAUAGGACAAGAAGUUUGUCUGCAGCGAGUGUUUUGGUAGAAACUGCGCCUCCCAUUCAUUAUAAUGGGAAAUGACUACAGACAAGUGCGCACACCAUCUUUGGACCUUGAGUGUGACGCGAUUGGGAGGGGGAGGCGGUCGCGCUGGGGGCGGCGCGACGCGGCUCGGGCCCGACAGUGCCCCACCGGGGCCCUAGUUAGGGCCCGAGCGUAGCUGCUAAGCAGCUGCGAGAGCCCUCUUGUUCCUGUAGUUUCCUUCUUUUGUUAUUAUUAUUUUUCCUCCCCUUUGAACUGGAAAAUGGCCCACUUCCCACUGGCGAAAACUCAUGAAAUUUGGCAGGACGACCGGGCCUGGUGAAAAAUUUGAUAUUCCGAAGUCGCCCAAACAAGAAAAUGCAAAAUGGCUCCAUAGCGCCCCCUAAGGUGAAAAUUCACACUAUUGACUGUCACGCCUGUACGCUUUGUCAAAAUGACACAAAAAUUGACACACACAUGUAUCUCAAUAAGAUCUACAAAAAAGUCAGUGCGGGCGUAUCUGUCAAAUGUACGGUUAAAGGGUUAUUUCGCAUUUUUUGCCGAUCCGCACACAUUGGAAUUUCGCUAACUCCUCCGAAGGCUUUCGUUCCACCGGCACCACAUUUGCUCAGGCCAAUCUACACCCCAUGGCCAUUAAAAGUUAUUCAAAUCAUGACGCUGCACCCCACGGUUUAGGUUCUAGGGGGCGCCAAAGAUAACCCUAAAAUCCACAUAUUUAAAAGUCUUAUAACUUUUUAUUUUUGUCCUCACUGGCCUCCAAGUUUUCUAGGAUGAUGCAAUGUCCAGCCAUCAACACAUUUGUGAAGGAAUUUUUACUCCCCAAAAGAGCGCCCCCCAUGGCAGGAGAAAAAAGUCAAUUUUUUCUUGUCCCCUAAGGUGGAAAUUCACACUAUUGACUGUCACGCCUGUAUGCUUUAUCAUAUUGACACAAAAUUUGACAAUCACAUGUAUCUCAAUAAGAUCUACAAAAAAGUCAAUGCGCGCGUAUCUGUCAAAUGUACGGUUAAAGGGCUAUUUUGCAUUUUUUGCCGAUUCGCACACAUUGGAAUGUGGCUAACUCCUCCUAAGGCUUUCGUCCCACUGACACCAAAUUUGCUCAGGCCAAUCUACACCCCAUGGUCAUUCAAAGUUGUAAAAAUCAUGACGCUGCACCCCACGGUUUACGUUCUAGGGGGCGCCAAAGAUGACCCAAAUAUCCACAUUCUUAAAAGAAUCCACAUCCCCCCCCCCCCCCAUCCCCCAACCCCCAUGGCAGGAGAAACAGUCAAGUUUUUCCUGCCCAUCACUCAAUGGCUCAAUCGCAUCACUCUCCCGGCAACACCGUAACAAGGAGCAACUUGCCGUUUGGAUAUAUCCUAGCUGUGUUUGUGCCCUCACUCAUGGUCCAGACUUUUUUCAAAUAGGACAUGUAGUUUGUCUGCAGCGAGUGUUUUGGUAGAAACUGCGCCUCCCAUUCAUUAUAAUGGGAAAUGACCACAGACAAGUGCGCACACCAUCUUUGGACCUUGAGUGUGACGCGAUCGGGAGGGGGAGGCGGUCGCGCUGGGGGCGGCGCAACGCAGCUCGGGCCCGACAGUGCCCCACCGGGGCCCUAGUUCUUUCUUUCUUUCUUCUUUUUCCUCCCCUUUGAACUGGAAAAUGGCCCACUUCCCACUGGCGAAAACUCAUGAAAUUUGGCAGGACGACCGGGCCUGGUGAAAAAUUCGAUAUUCUGAAGUCGCCCAAACAAUAAAAUGCAAAAUGGCUCCAUAGCGCCCCCUAAGGUGGAAAUUCACACUAUUGACUGUCACGCCUGUACGCUUUGUCAUAUUGACACAAAAAUUGACACACAUAUGUAUCUCAAUAAGAUCUACAAAAAAGUCAGUGCGGCCGUAUCUGUCAAAAUUACGGUUAAAGGGUUAUUUCGCAUUUUUUGCCGAUCCGCACACAUUGGAAUUUCGCUAACUCCUCCGAAGGCUUUCGUUCCACCGGCACCACAUUUGCUCAGGCCAAUCUACACCCCGUGGCCAUUAAAAGUUAUUCAAAUCAUGAUGCUGCACCCCAUGGUUUAGGUUCUAGGGGGCGCCAAAAAUAACCCAAAAAUCCACAUUCUUAAAUGUUUUAUAACUUUUUAUUUUUGUCCUCACUGGCCUCCAAGUUUUCUAGGAUGAUGCAAUGUCCAGCCAUCAACACAUUUGUGAAGGAAUUUUUACUCCCCAAAAGAGCGCCCCCCAUGGUAGGAGAAAAAAGUCAAUUUUUUCUUGUCCCCUUACAUAAAAAUACACAUUGUUGAGUGUCACGCCUGAACGCUUUGUCAUAUUGACACAAAAAUUGACAAUCAUGUGUAUCUCAAUUAGAUCUACGAAAAAGUCAAAGAGCGCGUAUCUGUAUAAUGUACGGUUAAAGGGCUAUUUUGCAUUUUUUGCCGAUUCGCACACAUUGGAAUGUGGCUAUCUCCUCCUAAGGCUUUCGUCCCACCGAUACCAAAUUUGCUCAGGGCAAUCUACACCCCAUGCCCAUUCAAAGUUGUAAAAAUCAUGACGCUGCACCCCACGGUUUACGUUCUAGGGGGCGCCAAAGAUGACCCAAAAAUCCACAUUCUUAAAAGUCAUUUUGGCCACUGCAGGAGUACAGAGUACUGCAGUUCUAGGGGGCGCCAAAGAUGACCCAAAAAUCCACAUUCUUAAAAGUCUUUUUGGCCACUGCAGGAGUACAGAGUACUGCAGGAUACACACACAUAUACACACACGCCAACAUACAUACACACACACACACACACACACACACACACACACACACACACACACACACACACACACACACACACACACACACACACACUCAGAGUCUGUUUUUUAGCACCUGCAAAAACAUGCUGUUUACAUAUUUGACAAGAAUGCAGAGGCUUCCUUUUGCCCCUGAAAAAAAUCAAAUUUCAAACACAACUUGACUGUUCAUUUCUCCAAAAGACAACCAUGAAGCUCCAUUUCAAACCUGAAGCAGAUAGUUGGUGCAUGUGUACAGUAACCUGAGGGGAGUGAGGUGACUAUUUCUGAGGAGAACAUGAGCAGUGAAGAUUCACCUUGGAGCUAGAACAGGGACGUGCACAUGAUUAUACAGGGGCAGGGGCUCAAGUUUUUUCCAGUCAUUUAUACAAUAUGGAAAUUAAUGUGAAAUUAAACCACAAAUAUGUGUGAUGAACUGUUUUUAAAACUUAAACUUCAAAUAAAAAUUGUAAACUUCAAAACAUAUGCAAAUUUUUAACAAAGAACAUAGUAAUUUACCUCUAUUUACAUCAAAAUGCAGGCAAUGGCCCAGGCGUUCUUUGUAAAAUUAUUUACAAAACACUGUAUAGUCUCACAAAUGUCACUUUUUAUUUAUGCCACUACAAAAAAACAUGAUGUAAAUGAUGCAUGAUGUAAAACAUGAUGUAAAAAACUUGUGUAGAUCCUCCUCUAUGUCAGUCCAUGUGUAAUUUUUCCAUAAUUCUUUGUUUUUUGCAGCAUUUUUGUUAGUGUAACUGCAGAUUGUGCUGACAGUGUCUAUGGCACAAAAAAAAAAAAAAUUAAAAUGCCUCAACAUGAACCCCUGGUGGUCUCUGAGGGUGAAACCUGCUAACUGCUGCAGCUCUGUCAGCUUCAGUCUCCCAUGCAGAGCUCUGAGCGCAUGUGUGGCUCUGCACCCUUAGCAGCGUUGCUAACUCCUCAGUAAGGAAAGCCUGCUUCAUGUCAGAGUCUCUAAACUCCAGAAGAAGUCGAUAAAAGUCCCUUUCUUUCUAAAAAAAAAGUCGUUAGGGGGUCUGAAAAGUCAUUGAAUCUAACAACAAAGUCGCUAGGUUUGCAACUACGUGUCCCAGACUGCAUCCCUGCUGAGAGUCCCUCCCUCGCUUCUCAUGUUGCAGGAAGAACGUAAGCACCCGCCCCUUGUCAAUCAGUCACCAUAUAAUUUUGGAUUGGUUGUUGUGGUGAAGUUUUCCACCAAUAGGAGAGAUGUUGUGGUGUGUUUUUUUUUUCUUUUGGCAAGCCUUUUCCGCCUGUAAGACCUGUCGCUAAUGUCUGCAUGCUAUGUUUUCCUGUCUCAUACAGCGCGAUCGAGCGCCGAACGUGAUCAAAAUAAGCAGAAAAAAAGUAUCGCGGACAUAAUUUAUCAUAACUCUGGUUUUAUUUGGCCUAUCAACACAAUUUAAAAACUGGUAUAUAGGUUGAGGUCCUCACUUUUGAGAUAAGUUGAAACGGAGAGUCAACGAGGCUCCGUCUUGCAGCUACAUCCGGUUAAAUAUGUCAUGUGACUUGAACGCACACACAGACACACACACACGCACACACACACACACACACUCAGAGUCUGGUUUUUAGCACCUGCAAAAACAUGCUAUUUACAUAUUUGACAAGAAUGCAGAGGCUCCUUUUGCCCCUGAAAAAAAUCAAAUUUCAAACACAACUUGACUGGUCAUUUCUCCAAAAGACAACCAUGAAGCUCCAUCCAAACCUGAAGCAGGCAGUUGGUGCAUGUGUACAGUAACCUGAGGGGAGUGAGGUGAGUGCUUCUGAGGAGAACAUGAGCAGUGAAGAUUCACCUUGGAGCUAGAACAGAGACAUGCACAUGAUUAUACAGGGGCAGGGGCUCAAGUUUUUUCCAGUCGUUUAUACAAUAUGGAAAUUAAUGUGAAAUUAAAACACAAAGUAUUAAUAGAAAGGUAAUGACUGUCCUGUGUAGGUGACAGUGAUAUCGAAUAGGCUAGGCACUCACGAGGCUGGCUGUGGCAAGUGUAAGUGAAAGCAACACGCACUGGCAGGAAGAACAGCAAACGCCGAUGAAGGAAAAGGGUCUUUGCAGUGAUGGGCGUUACCAGAGAGGGCGAUGGCCAGAGGACACAAAUGGGACGGGGAGGCAGCACGUUGGGGGGGGGGGGGGGGGGGGGCGACACGGCUCGGGCCCGCCAGUGCCCCAACGGGGUCCUAGUUCUUUCUUUCUUUCUUCUUUUUCCUCCCCUUUGAACUGGAAAAUGGCCCACUUCCCACUGGCGAAAACUCAUGAAAUUUGGCAGGACGACCGGGCCUGGUGAAAAAUUCGAUAUUCUGAAGUCGCCCAAACAAUAAAAUGCAAAAUGGCUCCAUAGCGCCCCCUAAGGUGGAAAUUCACACUAUUGACUGUCACGCCUGUACGCUUUGUCAUAUUGACACAAAAAUUGACACACAUAUGUAUCUCAAUAAGAUCUACAAAAAAGUCAGUGCGGGCGUAUCUGUCAAAAUUACGGUUAAAGGGUUAUUUCGCAUUUUUUGCCGAUCCGCACACAUUGGAAUUUCGCUAACUCCUCCGAAGGCUUUCGUUCCACCGGAACCACAUUUGCUCAGGCCAAUCUACACCCCGUGGCCAUUAAAAGUUAUCAAAAUCAUGACGCUGCACCCCAAGGUUUAGGUUCUAGGGGGCGCCAAAGAUAACACUAAAAUCCACAUAUUUAAAAGUCUUAUAACUUUUUAUUUUUGUCCUCACUGGCCUCCAAGUUUUCUAGGAUGAUGCAAUGUCCAGCCAUCAACACAUUUGUGAAGGAAUUUUUACUCCCCAAAAGAGCGCCCCCCAUGGCAGGAGAAAAAAGUCCAUUUUUUCUUGUCCCCUAAGGUGAAAAUACACAUUGUUGAGUGUCACGCCUAUACGCUUUGUCAAAAUGACACAAAAAUUGACACACACAUGUAACUCAAUAAGAUCUACGAAAAAGUCAAUGCGCGCGUAUCUGUCAAAUGUACGGUUAAAGGGUUAUUCCGCAUUUUUUGCCGAUCCGCACACAUUGGAAUUUCGCUAACUCCUCCUAAGGCUUUCUUUCCACCGGCACCACAUUUGCUCAGGCCAAUCUACACCCCAUGGCCAUUAAAAGUUAUCAAAAUCAUGACGCUGCACCCCACGGUUUAGGUUCUAGGGGGCGCCAAAGAUAACCCUAAAAUCCACAUAUUUAAAAGUCUUAUAACUUUUUAGGGCCCGAGCGUAGCUGCUAAGCAGCUGCGAGAGCCCUAUUAUUCCCCAAGUGGUUUUUCUUUGUUUCUUUCUUUCUUUCUUUCUUUCUUUCUUCUUUUUCCUCCCCUUUGAACUGGAAAAUGGCCCACUUCCCACUGGCGAAAACUCAUGAAAUUUGGCAGGACGACCGGGCCUGGUGAAAAAUUCGAUAUUCUGAAGUCGCCCAAACAAUAAAAUGCAAAAUGGCUCCAUAGCGCCCCCUAAGGUGGAAAUUCACACUAUUGACUGUCACGCCUGUACGCUUUGUCAUAUUGACACAAAAAUUGACACACAUAUGUAUCUCAAUAAGAUCUACAAGAAAGUCAGUGCGGCCGUAUCUGUCAAAAUUACGGUUAAAGGGUUAUUUCGCAUUUUUUGCCGAUCCGCACACAUUGGAAUUUCGCUAACUCCUCCGAAGGCUUUCGUUCCACCGGCACCACAUUUGCUCAGGCCAAUCUACACCCCGUGGCCAUUAAAAGUUAUCAAAAUCAUGACGCUGCACCCCAAGGUUUAGGUUCUAGGGGGCGCCAAAGAUAACACUAAAAUCCACAUAUUUAAAAGUCUUAUAACUUUUUAUUUUUGCCCUCACUGGCCUCCAAGUUUUCUAGGAUGAUGCAAUGUCCAGCCAUCAACACAUUUAUGAAGGAAUUUUUACUCCCCAAAAGAGCGCCCCCCCAUGGCAGGAGAAAAAAGUCAAUUUUUUCUUGUCCCCUAAGGUGAAAAUACACAUUGUUGAGUGUCACGCCUAUACGCUUUGUCAAAAUGACACAAAAAUUGACACACACAUGUAACUCAAUAAGAUCUACGAAAAAGUCAAUGCGCGCGUAUCUGUCAAAUGUACGGUUAAAGGGUUAUUCCGCAUUUUUUGCCGAUCCGCACACAUUGGAAUGUGGCUAACUCCUCCUAAGGCUUUCGUUCCACCGGCACCACAUUUGCUCAGGCCAAUCUACACCCCAUGGCCAUUAAAAGUUAUCAAAAUCAUGACGCUGCACCCCACGGUUUAGGUUCUAGGGGGCGCCAAAGAUAACCCUAAAAUCCACAUAUUUAAAAGUCUUAUAACUUUUUAUUUUUGUCCUCACUGGCCUCCAAGUUUUCUAGGAUGAUGCAAUGUCCAGCCAUCAACACAAUUGUGAAGGAAUUUUUACUCCCCAAAAGAGCGCCCCCCCCAUGGCAGGAGAAAAAAGUCCAUUUUUUCUUGUCCCCUAAGGUGAAAAUACACAUUGUUGAGUGUCACGCCUAUACGCUUUGUCAAAAUGACACAAAAAUUGACACACACGUAACUCAAUAAGAUCUACGAAAAAGUCAAUGCGCGCGUAUCUGUCAAAUGUACGGUUAAAGGGUUAUUUCGCAUUUUUUGCCGAUCCGCACACAUUGGAAUGUGGCUAACUCCUCCUAAGGCUUUCGUUCCACCGGCACCACAUUUGCUCAGGCCAAUCUACACCCCAUGGCCAUUAAAAGUUAUCAAAAUCAUGACGCUGCACCCCACGGUUUAGGUUCUAGGGGGCGCCAAAGAUAACCCUAAAAUCCACAUAUUUAAAAGUCUUAUAACUUUUUAUUUUUGUCCUCACUGGCCUCCAAGUUUUCUAGGAUGAUGCAAUGUCCAGCCAUCAACACAUUUGUGAAGGAAUUUUUACUCCCCAAAAGAGCACCCCCCCAUGGCAGGAGAAAAAAGUCCAUUUUUUCUUGUCCCUUAAGGUGAAAAUACAUAUUGUUGAGAUUCACGCCUAUACGCUUUGUCAUAUUGACACAAAAUUUGACAAUCACGUGCCUUGCCUGGUAUCAUUUUUUUCAGCACAACCUCACCUGUGCGAAUUUACAGUUAUUUUAUCAUGUUGACAUACUGAAUUUACACAAUGGACCCAAAUUCACACACAAAACAUAAAAUCCGAGUGGAAAAAAGUAACAUUUUUACUGUGAAAACCACAAAUAUGUGUGAUGAACUGUUUUUAAAACUUAAACUUCAAAUAAAAAUUGUAAACUUCAAAACAUAUGCAAAUUUUUAACAAAGAACAUAGUGAUUUACCUCUAUUUACAUCAAAAUGCAGGCAAUGGCCCAGGCGUUCUUUGUAAAAUUAUUUACAAAACACUGUAUAGUCUCACAAAUGUCACUUUUUAUUUAUGCCACUACAAUUAAACAUGAUGUAAAUGAUGCAUGAUGUAAAACAUGAUGUAAAAAACUUGUGUAGAUCCUCCUCUAUGUCAGUCCAUGUGUAAUUUUUCCAUAAUUCUUUGUUUUUUGCAGCAUUUUUGUUAGUGUAACUGCAGAUUGUGCUGACAGUGUCUAUGGCACAAAAAAAAAAAAAAAUUAAAAUGCCUCAACAUGAACCCCUGGUGGUCUCUGAGGGUGAAACCUGCUAACUGCUGCAGCUCUGUCAGCUUCAGUCUCCCAUGCAGAGCUCGGAGCGCAUGUGUGGCUCUGCACCCUUAGCAGCGUUGCUAACUCCUCAGUAAGGAAAGCCUGCUUCAUGUCAGAGUCUCUAAACUCCAGAAGAAGUCGAUAAAAGUCCCUUUGUUUAAAAAAAAAAGUCGUUAGGGGGUCUGAAAAGUCAUUGAAUCUAACAACAAAGUCGCUAGGUUUGCAACUACGUGUCCCAGACUGCAUCCUUGCUGAGAGUCCCUCCCUCCCUUCUCAUGCUGCAGGAAGAACGUAAGCGCCCGCCCCUUGUCAAUCAGUCACCAUAUAAUUUUGGAUUGGUUGUUGUGGUGAAGUUUUCCACCAAUAGGAGAGAUGUUGUGGUGUGUUUUUUUUCUUUUGGCAAGCCUUUUCCGCCUGUAAGAGCUGUCGCUAAUGUCUGCAUGCUAUGUUUUCCUGUCUCAUACAGCGCGAUCGAGCGCCGAACGUGAUCAAAAUAAGCAGAAAAAAAGUAUCGCGGACAUAAUUUAUCAUAACUCUGGUUUUAUUUGGCCUAUCAACACAAUUUAAAAACUGGUAUAUAGGUUGAGGUCCUCACUUUUGAGAUAAGUUGAAACGGAGAGUCAACGAGGCUCCGUCUUGCAGCUACAUCCGGUUAAAUAUGUCAUGUGACUUGAACGCACACACAGACACACACACACGCACACACACACACACACACACGCACACACGCACACACACACACACACACACACACACACACACACACACACACACACACACACACACUCAGAGUCUGGUUUUUAGCACCUGCAAAAACAUGCUAUUUACAUAUUUGACAAGAAUGCAGAGGCUCCUUUUGCCCCUGAAAAAAAUCUCAUUUCAAACACAACUUGACUGGUCAUUUCUCCAAAAGACAACCAUGAAGCUCCAUCCAAACCUGAAGCAGGCAGUUGGUGCAUGUGUACAGUAACCUGAGGGGAGUGAGGUGAGUGCUUCUGAGGAGAACAUGAGCAGUGAAGAUUCACCUUGGAGCUAGAACAGAGACAUGCACAUGAUUAUACAGGGGCAGGGGCUCAAGUUUUUUCCAGUCGUUUAUACAAUAUGGAAAUUAAUGUGAAAUUAAAACACAAAGUAUUAAUAGAAAGGUAAUGACUGUCCUGUGUAGGUGACAGUGAUAUCGAAUAGGCUAGGCACUCACGAGGCUGGCUGUGGCAAGUGUAAGUGAAAGCAACACGCACUGGCAGGAAGAACAGCAAACGCCGAUGAAGGGAAAGGGUCUUUGCAGUGAUGGGCGUUAACAGAGAGGGCGAUGGCCAGAGGACACAAAUGGGACGGGGAGGCAGCACGUUGGGGGGGGGGGGGGGGGGCGACGCGACACGGCUCGGGCCCGCCAGUGCCCCAACGGGGUCCUAGUUAUUUUUGUCCUCACUGGCCUCCAAGUUUUCUAGGAUGAUGCAAUGUCCAGCCAUCAACACAUUUGUGAAGGAAUUUUUACUCCCCAAAAGAGCGCCCCCCCAUGGCAGGAGAAAAAAGUCCAUUUUUUCUUGUCCCUUAAGGUGAAAAUACAUAUUGUUGAGAUUCACGCCUAUACGCUUUGUCAUAUUGACACAAAAUUUGACAAUCACGUGCCUUGCCUGGUAUCAUUUUUUUCAGCACAACCUCACCUGUGCGAAUUUACAGUUAUUUUAUCAUGUUGACAUACUGAAUUUACACAAUGGACCCAAAUUCACACACAAAACAUAAAAUCCGAGUGGAAAAAAGUAACAUUUUUACUGUGAAAACCACAAAUAUGUGUGAUGAACUGUUUUUAAAACUUAAACUUCAAAUAAAAAUUGUAAACUUCAAAACAUAUGCAAAUUUUUAACAAAGAACAUAGUGAUUUACCUCUAUUUACAUCAAAAUGCAGGCAAUGGCCCAGGCGUUCUUUGUAAAAUUAUUUACAAAACACUGUAUAGUCUCACAAAUGUCACUUUUUAUUUAUGCCACUACAAAAAAACAUGAUGUAAAUGAUGCAUGAUGUAAAACAUGAUGUAAAAUACUUGUGUAGAUCCUCCUCUAUGUCAGUCCAUGUGUAAUUUUUCCACAAUUCUUUGUUUUUUGCAGCAUUUUUGUUAGUGUAACUGCAGAUUGUGCUGACAGUGUCUAUGGCACAAAAAAAAAAAAAUUAAAAUGCCUCAACAUGAACCCCUGGUGGUCUCUGAGGGUGAAACCUGCUAACUGCUGCAGCUCUGUCAGCUUCAGUCUCCCAUGCAGAGCUCUGAGCGCAUGUGUGGCUCUGCACCCUUAGCAGCGUUGCUAACUCCUCAGUAAGGAAAGCCUGCUUCAUGUCAGAGUCUCUAAACUCCAGAAGAAGUAGAUAAAAGUCCCUUUCUUUCUAAAAAAAAGUCGUUAGGGGGUCUGAAAAGUCAUUGAAUCUAACAACAAAGUCGCUAGGUUUGCAACUACGUGUCCCAGACUGCAUCCCUGCUGAGAGUCCCUCCCUCCCUUCUCAUGUUGCAGGAAGAACGUAAGCACCCGCCCCUUGUCAAUCAGUCACCAUAUAAUUUUGGAUUGGUUGUUGUGGUGAAGUUUUCCACCAAUAGGAGAGAUGUUGUGGUGUGUUUUUUUUUUCCUUUGGCAAGCCUUUUCCGCCUGUAAGACCUGUCGCUAAUGUCUGCAUGCUAUGUUUUCCUGUCUCAUACAGCGCGAUCGAGCGCCGAACGUGAUCAAAAUAAGCAGAAAACAAGUAUCGCGGACAUAAUUUAUCAUAACUCUGGUUUUAUUUGGCCUAUCAACACAAUUUAAAAACUGGUAUAUAGGUUGAGGUCCUCACUUUUGAGAUUAGUUGAAACGGAGAGUCAACGAGGCUCCGUCUUGCAGCUACAUCCGGUUAAAUAUGUCAUGUGACUUGAACGCACACACACACACACACACACACACACACACACACACACACAGACACACACACACACGCACACACACACACUCAGAGUCUGGUUUUUAGCACCUGCAAAAACAUGCUAUUUACAUAUUUGACAAGAAUGCAGAGGCUCCUUUUGCCCCUGAAAAAAAUCACAUUUCAAACACAACUUGACUGCUCAUUUCUCCAAAAGACAACCAUGAAGCUCCAUCCAAACCUGAAGCAGGCAGUUGGUGCAUGUGUACAGUAACCUGAGGGGAGUGAGGUGACUGCUUCUGAGGAGAACAUGAGCAGUGAAGAUUCACCUUAGAGCUAGAACAGAGACGUGCACAUGAUUAUACAGGGGCAGGGGCUCAAGUUUUUUCCAGUUGUUUAUACAAUAUGGAAAUUAAUGUGAAAUUAAAAAACAAAGUAUUAAUAGAAAGGUAAUGACUGUCCUGUGUAGGUGACAGUGAUAUCCAAUAGGCUAGGCACUCACGAGGCUGGCUGUGGCAAGUGUAAGUGAAAGCAACACGCACUGGCAGGAAGAACAGCAAACGCCGAUGAAGGAAAAGGGUCUUUGCAGUGAUGGGCGUUACCAGAGAGGGCGAUGGCCAGAGGACACAAAUAAGACGGGGAGGCAGCGCGUUGGGGGGGGGACGCGACACGGCUCGGGCCCGCCAGUGCCCCAACGGGGUCCUAGUUCUUUCUUUCUUUCUUCUUUUUCCUCCCCUUUGAACUGGAAAAUGGCCCACUUCCCACUGGCGAAAACUCAUGAAAUUUGGCAGGACGACCGGGCCUGGUGAAAAAUUCGAUAUUCUGAAGUCGCCCAAACAAUGAAAUGCAAAAUGGCUCCAUAGCGCCCCCUAAGGUGGAAAUUCACACUAUUGACUGUCACGCCUGUACGCUUUGUCAUAUUGACACAAAAAUUGACACACAUAUGUAUCUCAAUAAGAUCUACAAAAAAGUCAGUGCGGCCGUAUCUGUCAAAUGUACGGUUAAAGGGUUAUUUCGCAUUUUUUGCCGAUCCGCACACAUUGGAAUUUCGCUAACUCCUCCGAAGGCUUUCGUUCCACCGGCACCACAUUUGCUCAGGCCAAUCUACACCCCGUGGCCAUUAAAAGUUAUCAAAAUCAUGACGCUGCACCCCAAGGUUUAGGUUCUAGGGGGCGCCAAAGAUAACACUAAAAUCCACAUAUUUAAAAGUCUUAUAACUUUUUAUUUUUGUCCUCACUGGCCUCCAAGUUUUCUAGGAUGAUGCAAUGUCCAGCCAUCAACACAUUUGUGAAGGAAUUUUUACUCCCCAAAAGAGCGCCCCCCCAUGGCAGGAGAAAAAAGUCCAUUUUUUCUUGUCCCCUAAGGUGAAAAAAAACAUUGUUGAGUGUCACGCCUAUACGCUUUGUCAAAAUGACACAAAAAUUGACACACACAUGUAACUCAAUAAGAUCUACGAAAAAGUCAAUGCCCGCGUAUCUGUCAAAUGUACGGUUAAAGGGUUAUUCCGCAUUUUUUGCCGAUCCGCACACAUUGGAAUGUGGCUAACUCCUCCUAAGGCUUUCGUUCCACCGGCACCACAUUUGCUCAGGCCAAUCUACACCCCAUGGCCAUUAAAAGUUAUUCAAAUCAUGACGCUGCACCCCACGGUUUAGGUUCUAGGGGGCGCCAAAGAUAACCCUAAAAUCCACAUAUUUAAAAGUCUUAUAACUUUUUAUUUUUGUCCUCACUGGCCUCCAAGUUUUCUAGGAUGAUGCAAUGUCCAGCCAUCAACACAUUUGUGAAGGAAUUUUUACUCCCCAAAAGAGCGCCCCCCCAUGGCAGGAGAAAAAAGUCCAUUUUUUCUUGUCCCCUAAGGUGAAAAUACAUAUUGUUGAGAUUCACGCCUAUACGCUUUGUCAUAUUGACACAAAAUUUGACAAUCACGUGCCUUGCCUGGUAUCAUUUUUUUCAGCACAACCUCACCUGUGCGAAUUUACAGUUAUUUUAUCAUGUUGACAUACUGAAUUUACACAAUGGACCCAAAUUCACACACAAAACAUAAAAUCCGAGUGGAAAAAAGUAACAUUUUUACUGUGAAAACCACAAAUAUGUGUGAUGAACUGUUUUUAAAACUUAAACUUCAAAUAAAAAUUGUAAACUUCAAAACAUAUGCAAAUUUUUAACAAAGAACAUAGUGAUUUACCUCUAUUUUCAUCAAAAUGCAGGCAAUGGCCCAGGCGUUCUUUGUAAAUUAUUUACAAAACACUGUAUAGUCUCACAAAUGUCACUUUUUAUUUAUGCCACUACAAAAAAACAUGAUGUAAAUGAUGCAUGAUGUAAAACAUGAUGUAAAAAACUUGUGUAGAUCCUCCUCUAUGUCAGUCCAUGUGUAAUUUUUCCAUAAUUCUUUGUUUUUUGCAGCAUUUUUGUUAGUGUAACUGCAGAUUGUGCUGACAGUGUCUAUGGCACAAAAAAAAAAAAAAUUAAAAUGCCUCAACAUGAACCCCUGGUGGUCUCUGAGGGUGAAACCUGCUAACUGCUGCAGCUCUGUCAGCUUCAGUCUCCCAUGCAGAGCUCUGAGCGCAUGUGUGGCUCUGCAUCCUUAGCAGCGUUGCUAACUCCUCAGUAAGGAAAGCCUGCUUCAUGUCAGAGUCUCUAAACUCCAGAAGAAGUCGAUAAAAGUCCCUUUCUUUCUAAAAAAAAAGUUGUUAGGGGGUCUGAAAAGUCAUUGAAUCUAACAACAAAGUCGCUAGGUUUGCAACUACGUGUCCCAGACUGCAUCCCUGCUGAGAGUCCCUCCCUCCCUUCUCAUGUUGCAGGAAGAACGUAAGCACCCGCCCCUUGUCAAUCAGUCACCAUAUAAUUUUGGAUUGGUUGUUGUGGUGAAGUUUUCCACCAAUAGGAGAGAUGUUGUGGUGUGUUUUUUUUUUCUUUUGGCAAGCCUUUUCCGCCUGUAAGACCUGUCGCUAAUGUCUGCAUGCUAUGUUUUCCUGUCUCAUACAGCGCGAUCGAGCGCCGAACGUGAUCAAAAUAAGCAGAAAAAAAGUAUCGCGGACAUAAUUUAUCAUAACUCUGGUUUUAUUUGGCCUAUCAACACAAUUUAAAAACUGGUAUAUAGGUUGAGGUCCUCACUUUUGAGAUAAGUUGAAACGGAGAGUCAACGAGGCUCCGUCUUGCAGCUACAUCCGGUUAAAUAUGUCAUGUGACUUGAACGCACACACACACACGCACACACACACAGACACACGCACACACACACACACACUCAGAGUCUGGUUUUUAGCACCUGCAAAAACAUGCUAUUUACAUAUUUGACAAGAAUGCAGAGGCUCCUUUUGCCCCUGAAAAAAAUCAAAUUUCAAACACAACUUGACUGCUCAUUUCUCCAAAAGACAACCAUGAAGCUCCAUCCAAACCUGAAGCAGGCAGUUGGUGCAUGUGUACAGUAACCUGAGGGGAGUGAGGUGACUGCUUCUGAGGAGAACAUGAGCAGUGAAGAUUCACCUUAGAGCUAGAACAGAGACGUGCACAUGAUUAUACAGGGGCAGGGGCUCAAGUUUUUUCCAGUUGUUUAUACAAUAUGGAAAUUAAUGUGAAAUUAAAAAACAAAGUAUUAAUAGAAAGGUAAUGACUGUCCUGUGUAGGUGACAGUGAUAUCCAAUAGGCUAGGCACUCACGAGGCUGGCUGUGGCAAGUGUAAGUGAAAGCAACACGCACUGGCAGGAAGAACAGCAAACGCCGAUGAAGGAAAAGGGUCUUUGCAGUGAUGGGCGUUACCAGAGAGGGCGAUGGCCAGAGGAAACAAAUGGGACGGGGAGGCAGCGCGUUGGGGGGGGGACGCGACACAGCUCGGGCCCGCCAGUGCCCCAACGGGGUCCUAGUUAGGGCCCGAGCCAGCUGCAGAGCAGCCGGGCGUAGGCCCUAUUAUUCCCCAAGUGGUUUUUCUUUGUUUCUUUCUUUCUUUUUUCUUUUUCCUCCCCUUUGAACUGGAAAAUGGCCCACUUCCCACUGGCGAAAACUCAUGAAAUUUGGCAGGACGACCAGGCCUGGUGAAAAAUUCGAUAUUCUGAAGUCGCCCAAACAAUAAAAUGCAAAAUGGCUCCAUAGCGCCCCCUAAGGUGGAAAUUCACACUAUUGACUGUCACGCCUGUACGCUUUGUCAUAUUGACACAAAAAUUGACACACAUAUGUAUCUCAAUACGAUCUACAAAAAAGUCAGUGCGGCCGUAUCUGUCAAAAUUACGGUUAAAGGGUUAUUUCGCAUUUUUUGCCGAUCCGCACACAUUGGAAUUUCGCUAACUCCUCCGAAGGCUUUCGUUCCACCGGCACCACAUUUGCUCAGGCCAAUCUACACCCCGUGGCCAUUAAAAGUUAUCAAAAUCAUGACGCUGCACCCCUCGGUUUACGUUCUAGGGGGCGCCAAAGAUAACACUAAAAUCCACAUAUUUAAAAGUCUUAUAACUUUUUAUUUUUGUCCUCACUGGCCUCCAAGUUUUCUAGGAUGAUGCAAUGUCCAGCCAUCAACACAUUUGUGAAGGAAUUUUUACUCCCCAAAAGAGCGCCCCCCCAUGGCAGGAGAAAAAAGUCCAUUUUUUCUUGUCCCCUAAGGUGAAAAUACACAUUGUUGAGUGUCACGCCUAUACGCUUUGUCAAAAUGACACAAAAAUUGACACACACAUGUAACUCAAUAAGAUCUACGAAAAAGUCAAUGCGCGCGUAUCUGUCAAAUGUACGGUUAAAGGGUUAUUCCGCAUUUUUUGCCGAUCCGCACACAUUGGAAUGUGGCUAACUCCUCCGAAGGCUUUCGUUCCACCGGCACCACAUUUGCUCAGGCCAAUCUACACCCCAUGGCCAUUAAAAGUUAUUCAAAUCAUGACGCUGCACACCACGGUUUAGGUUCUAGGGGGCACCAAACAUAACCCUAAAAUCCACAUAUUUAAAAGUCUUAUAACUUUUUAUUUUUGUCCUCACUGGCCUCCAAGUUUUCUAGGAUGAUGCAAUGUCCAGCCAUCAACACAUUUGUGAAGGAAUUUUUACUCCCCAAAAGAGCGCCCCCCAUGGCAGGAGAAAAAAGUCAAUUUUUUCUUGUCCCCUAAGGUGAAAAUACACAUUGUUGAGUGUAACACCUGUACGCUUUGGCAAAAUGACACAAAAAUUGACACACACAUGUAUCUCAAUAAGAUCUACGAAAAAGUCAAUGCGCGCGUAUCUGUCAAAUGUACGGUUAAAGGGUUAUUCCGCAUUUUUUGCCGAUCCGCACACAUUGGAAUUUCGCUAACUCCUCCGAAGGCUUUCGUUCCACCGGCACCACAUUUGCUCAGGCCUAUCUACACCCCAUGGCCAUUAAAAGUUAUUCAAAUCAUGACGCUGCACCCCACGGUUUAGGUUCUAGGGGGAGCCAAAGAUAACCGUAAAAUCCACAUAUUUAAAAGUCUUAUAACUUUUUAUUUUUGUCCCCACUGGCCUCCAAGUUUUCUAGGAUGAUGCAAUGUCCAGCCAUCAACACAUUUGUGAAGGAAUUUUUACUCGCCAAAAGAGCGCCCCCCAUGGCAGGAGAAAAAAGUCCAUUUUUUCUUGUCCACUAAGGUGAAAAUACACAUUGUUGAGUGCUACGCCUGUAUGUUUUGUCGUAUUGACACAAAAUUUUACAUACACGUGUAUUUCAAUAAGAUCUUCGAAAAAGUCAAUGGCCACGUAUCUGUAAAAUGUACGGUUAAAGGGUUAUUUCGCAUUUUUUGCAGAUUCGCACACAUUGGAAUUUCGCUAUUUCCUCCGAAGGCUUUCGUUCCACCGGCACCACAUUUGCUCAGGCCAAUCUACACCCUAUGGCCAUUAAAAGUUAUUCAAAUCAUGACGCUGCACCCCACGGUUUAGGUUCUAGGGGGCGCCAAAUAUAACCCUAAAAUCCACAUAUUUAAAAGUCUUAUAACUUUUUAUUUUUGUCCUCACUGGCCUCCAUGUUUUCUAGGAUGAUGCAAUGUCCAGCCAUCAACACAUUUGUGAAGGAGUUUUUUCUCUUUAAAAGAGCGCCCCCCAUGGCAGGAGAAUAAAGUCAAGUUUUUCCUGUUCAUCAUUCAAUGGCUCAAACGCACUGCUCUCUCGGCAAAAGCGAAAGGAGGAGCAACUUGCCAUUUGGAUAUAUCUUAGCUGUGUUUGUGCCCUCACUCAUGGUCCAGACUUUUUUCAAAUAGGACAUGGAGUUUUUCUGCAGCGAGCGUUUUGGUAGAAACUGCGCCUCCCGUUCAUUAUAAUGGUAAAUGACCACAAACAAAUGCGCACACCAUCUUUGGACCUUGAGUGUGACGCGAUCGGGUGGGGGAGGCGGUCGCGCUGGGGGCGGCGUGACACGGCUCGGGCCCGCCAGUGCCCCAACGGGGCCCUAGUUAUUUUUCCUCCCCUUUGAACUGGAAAAUGGCCCACUUCCCACUGGCGAAAACUCAUGAAAUUUGGCAGGACGACCGGGCCUGGUGAAAAAUUUGAUAUUCUGAAGUCGCCCAAACAAUACAAUGCAAAAUGGCUCCAUAGCGCCCCCUAAGGUGAAAAAUUCACCUGACGCCUGUACGCUUUGUCAAAAUGACACAAAAAUUGACACACACAUGUAUCUCAAUAAGAUCUACAAAAAAGUCAGUGCGGGCGUAUCUGUCAAAUGUACGGUUAAAGGGUUAUUUCGCAUUUUUUGCCGAUCCGCACACAUUGGAAUUUCGCUAACUCCUCCGAAGGCUUUCGUUCCACCGGCACCACAUUUGCUCAGGCCAAUCAACACCCCAUGGCCAUUAAAAGUUAUUCAAAUCAUGACGCUGCACCCCACGGUUUAGGUUCUAGGGGGCGCCAAAGAUAACCCUAAGAUCCACAUAUUUAAAAGUCUUAUAACUUUUUAUUUUUGCCCUCACUGGCCUCCAAGUUUUCUAGGAUGAUGCAAUGUCCAGCCAUCAACACAUUUGUGAAGGAAUUUUUACUCCCCAAAAGAGCGCCCCCCCAUGGCAGGAGAAAAAAGUCCAUUUUUUCUUGUCCCCUAAGGUGAAAAUACACAUUGUUGAGUGUCACGCCUCUACGCUUUGUCAAAAUGACACAAAAAUUGACACACACAUGUAACUCAAUAAGAUCUACGAAAAAGUCAAUGCGCGCGUAUCUGUCAAAUGUACGGUUAAAGGGUUAUUCCGCAUUUUUUGCCGAUCCGCACACAUUGGAAUUUCGCUAACUCCUCCUAAGGCUUUCGUUCCACCGGCACCACAUUUGCUCAGGCCAAUCUACACCCCAUGGCCAUUAAAAGUUAUUCAAAUCAUGACGCUGCACCCCACGGUUUAGGUUCUAGGGGGCGCCAAAGAUAACACUAAAAUCCACAUAUUUAAAAGUCUUAUAACUUUUUAUUUUUGUCCUCACUGGCCUCCAAGUUUUCUAGGAUGAUGCAAUGUCCAGCCAUCAACACAUUUGUGAAGGAAUUUUUACUCCCCAAAAGAGCGCCCCCCCAUGGCAGGAGAAAAAAGUCCAUUUUUUCUUGUCCCCUAAGGUGAAAAUACAUAUUGUUGAGAUUCACGCCUAUACGCUUUGUCAUAUUGACACAAAAUUUGACAAUCACGUGCCUUGCCUGGUAUCAUUUUUUUCAGCACAACCUCACCUGUGCGAAUUUACAGUUAUUUUAUCAUGUUGACAUACUGAAUUUACACAAUGGACCCAAAUUCACACACAAAACAUAAAAUCCGAGUGGAAAAAAGUAACAUUUUUACUGUGAAAACCACAAAUAUGUGUGAUGAACUGUUUUUAAAACUUAAACUUCAAAUAAAAAUUGUAAACUUCAAAACAUAUGCAAAUUUUUAACAAAGAACAUAGUGAUUUACCUCUAUUUACAUCAAAAUGCAGGCAAUGGCCCAGGCGUUCUUUGUAAAAUUAUUUACAAAACACUGUAUAGUCUCACAAAUGUCACUUUUUAUUUAUGCCACUACAAAAAAACAUGAUGUAAAUGAUGCAUGAUGUAAAACAUGAUGUAAAAAACUUGUGUAGAUCCUCCUCUAUGUCAGUCCAUGUGUAAUUUUUCCAUAAUUCUUUGUUUUUUGCGGCAUUUUUGUUAGUGUAACUGCAGAUUGUGCUGACAGUGUCUAUGGCACACAAAAAAAAAAAUUUAAAAUGCCUCAACAUGAACCCCUGGUGGUCUCUGAGGGUGAAACCUGCUAACUGCUGCAGCUCUGUCAGCUUCAGUCUCCCAUGCAGAGCUCUGAGCGCAUGUGUGGCUCUGCACCCUUAGCAGCGUUGCUAACUCCUCAGUAAGGAAAGCCUGCUUCAUGUCAGAGUCUCUAAACUCCAGAAGAAGUCGAUAAAAGUCCCUUUCUUUCUAAAAAAAAGUCGUUAGGGGGUCUGAAAAGUCAUUGAAUCUAACAACAAAGUCGCUAGGUUUGCAACUACGUGUCCCAGACUGCAUCCCUGCUGAGAGUCCCUCCCUCGCUUCUCAUGUUGCAGGAAGAACGUAAGCGCCCGCCCCUUGUCAAUCAGUCACCAUAUAAUUUUGGAUUGGUUGUUGUGGUGAAGUUUUCCACCAAUAGGAGAGAUGUUGUGGUGUGUUUUUUUUUUCUUUUGGCAAGCCUUUUCUGCCUGUAAGACCUGUCGCUAAUGUCUGCAUGCUAUGUUUUCCUGUCUCAUACAGCGCGAUCGAGCGCCGAACGUGAUCAAAAUAAGCAGAAAAAAAGUAUCGCGGACAUAAUUUAUCAUAACUCUGGUUUUAUUUGGCCUAUCAACACAAUUUAAAAACUGGUAUAUAGAUUGAGGUCCUCACUUUUGAGAUAAGUUGAAACGGAGAGUCAACGAGGCUCCGUCUUGCAGCUACAUCCGGUUAAAUAUGUCAUGUGACUUGAACGCACACACAAUAACACACACACGCACACACACACACACACACACACACACACACUCAGAGUCUGGUUUUUAGCACCUGCAAAAACAUGCUAUUUACAUAUUUGACAAGAAUGCAGAGGCUCCUUUUGCCCCUGAAAAAAAUCAAAUUUCAAACACAACUUGACUGGUCAUUUCUCCAAAAGACAACCAUGAAGCUCCAUCAAACCUGAAGCAGGCAGUUGGUGCAUGUGUACAGUAACCUGAGGGGAGUGAGGUGACUGCUUCUGAGGAGAACAUGAGCAGUGAAGAUUCACCUUGGAGCUAGAACAGAGACAUGCACAUGAUUAUCCAGGGGCAGGGGCUCAAGUUUUUUCCAGUCGUUUAUACAAUAUGGAAAUUAAUGUGAAAUUAAAACACAAAGUAUUAAUAGAAAGGUAAUGACUGUCCUGUGUAGGUGACAGUGAUAUCCAAUAGGCUAGGCACUCACGAGGCUGGCUGUGGCAAGUGUAAGUGAAAGCAACACGCACUGGCAGGAAGAACAGCAAACGCCGAUGAAGGAAAAGGGUCUUUGCAGUGAUAGCGUUACCAGAGAGGGCGAUGGCCAGAGGACACAAAUGGGACGGGGAGGCAGCACGUUGGGGGGGGGGGGACGCGACACGGCUCGGGCCCGCCAGUGCCCCAACGGGGUCCUAGUUAUGUUGUUGGUGCUGAUGCCAAAAUAAGGUAGCCUGGCUGGGCCAUCCUGAUGCGUGAAUCACUUGCCGUUCCUUCCCACAACAGUCUGGACUUCGGCCCAUUGGGAGCGUGUAUUCCCGAUCAGAGAAUAACUGGGCCAAAGUCGGAAGAAAUCGUUUAUAUCCGCAGAAGACUUCGGAUAUAAACGAUUUCUGCCAACUUUGCAAAGUCAACUGCAGAAUUCACGGCGUUCUGAAUGAACGGCGCUUUGAAAAGUCCCGCAGAAUUGGACGUCACCAUCUACACAUGGACCAAUCAGGGGCUGCCUUUCCCUGUUGUCCGGGUAACAGUGGAAACACAGUCUCUGAUUGGCCCAGUUAUUUUCUGAUCGGGAAUACACGCUCCCAAUGGGCCGAAGUCCAGACUGUUGUGGGAAGGAACGGCAAGUGAUUCACGCAACAGGAUGGCCCAGCCAGGCUAAAAAUAAGGUGCAUCACAGUAGUCAAGUCAGGAAGGAAUAAAUGCAUGCAUCAGAAACACAGCAGGGAGAGAGUGUGGAUAAUUAUGCUGCGUUCCAGUUGUACUUGGAAGUCAGAAUUUCCGAGCUCCCAGUCAGAAAUCCAUCUGGAAGCCCCUCUGAAGUCGGAUUCCUGACUCGGAAAGGCAGACGAUCCUCACCCACCCUGACUUGACAACAAUGUCAUAAUCCAAGAUGGCAGCUCAGUCGAUCAACACUAAAGAGUAACAGUUAAAGUAUUAUUUAUUAACACUUCUGUUUAGUUUUUGUGAAAUUAAAUAAGUGGUUAAUGUUGUACUGCCCAACGUCUAACUGUGAACACGGUGCUGUGGUGUUUGUAAGAGUAAAAUACUGUGUUAUGCGUUUUUUACAACUGGUAUAGCCAACAACAACUACAACAACUGACAACAGCCGAUACAGCUGACAAUUGUAAACAACAGCUAACAACGUCUAACAGUAGGUGUCCUUCUUGGUUUUCCGACUUGUUUACUGGAACGUCGUCACAUCUGUUAUAACGUCAUUUCUAGUUCCGACAUCCGAAGUAACUGGAAUGCAGCAUAACUACACACUAAAAGUCUGAAAAUGCAAACAGAGUAAGAACACAAGAGUGUUUAAUUCACACUGUGACACAAGGGUACAAGUACAGGAACACUUCACAGCGCACAGAGAUUCAUUUAAUUUAACUUCAAACUUCUCUGUCCAAUCAGGUGAUAUCAGCUGAUCAGGCAGAGGCUGAGGGGGCCGGAUCAGGGAUCUCAGAUGAGCAGGCUCACCUGGAGGCUGCCCAACAGGUGUUAGUGGCUCUGGCAGGAGGAAGAGAGGGCGGAUCAUCAGCGGAGGUGGUGGAGGUGAACAUGUUCGACCUGCUGAACAAUUCAGUCACCUUCAUCUGUGAGGACAAACCUGCAGAGACAGACUCCUGAUCAUAAACUUUCACCCUGUGAGGAACCCUCUGAUCUGAUUCCUGGUUUUAUCAUCUCAUCUGGUCAUCAACGAAAACGAAAAAAUCACGAACAGAGACUUUUUCUGCUCAAGCUGCUGAAGUUGGUGUAAACCUUUUUUUCUUGUUCUUCAGCACAGUUUCUGUAUAGAAACCCAGGCUGACUUACACACACUCAUCUCUGCUACAUUUUCAAUCAACAUAGCUGAAUAUUGAGUUUUAACCUGCGAGGUGGAAGUUUACUAAAGUUUUUGCUAUUUUUUCAAUAUCAAGAUGGACAGUCUUUAAAUACACCACCACCUGAAGUGAUUUCAGCUUUAUUUAAUAUUUAUAAAGAGAAAUAGAAGCCAGCUAUGAAUGAGACCUUCAAUUGUUUAUUUAAACGUGUGACAAAAAUUUAUCCAAGAAUUGAACCCAGUCUGUUUAGUCCAAUGAUUCUAGUUCGGACCUGAACCUGAAAAUAUGUUUGAAAUGUUGUCACCACAAGGCAUCAAUUCAACAAAAACGACUUUGCUGACCCUGAAUGAGUCAAUUUGUUUGGAGCAAAUGAAUACUGAUGUGAACUAGACUGGUUUAUAAUCUUAUUUAAAGCGUAUUUAAGUUGCACACAUCCAUUCAACUGCACCAUUCAAUAUCAGCCUCUGUAGUCGGUACCAGACUUGCUUGCUAGUUGAAGAACUUAUUGUUGACCCGACAUUCACAUCUACUCACCGCAAGCCUGGGCUAGCAGCUUCGGUUUAUGACCAUGUCAUAACCAGUAAGGGUCUACUACCCAGCUGUGUCUGGUCAAACUGGUACAUACUAACUAUAAACAUGCCUGUAAAGGAGACUGAAGGCUGCUGGUGCGAGCUCUGCUGAUAUUACACACACUUAGCAGACCACUUUUGACGUUGUUUAACCACAGACUCUGUGAUCCAUGUUAAGUUGUGUUUAAUAAAUUGUGCUCCAUUUCGACUGUUUA